GCUGAUAAUACUAGUCAUUUCAUAAAAGUGUGGGAAAUAUGUUGUAUGAAAAUGAUAUCUCAUUCAUUUAGUCAUUGAAUGUGAUGUUAUAGUCUGACGCUCUUGGUGACAUGCGCACUGGUCGACACUAGUAGCGUACUGUAAAAAUGACCAAAAUUGCACUUCAUGUUAUAUAUAAGUGGAAACAUUCAUUGCAAGGGCUGUUUGAAAUGACAUUUAACUCUUUACAUCCCGGUGUAUUCUGUGUAAGUAAUAAUAAAGGUGUCCAGGGGUCACAUUUAGUCCUGGACACCUUUCUUUUUUUUAUCCUCCUGACAUCCUUGGAGAGUAAAACGUGGCUUAUUUAUGUAUUGAUUCAGCCCAUGGCAAGAUUUCCUCCCAGCAUGCGCCUACAUAGCAACCCAUAAUCCAUACCGUUUGUUGGUUAUUGAGGAAUUGCCUCACCAAGGCGCAUACAUGCUGCUGCUGCUGCUGAGGUUCAGUCGAGAUGUGGUGCGCACACACACGCACAUAAAAGUUGGUGUAUAAAUGAUGAAACAUCAGAGGUACAGUUGCAAUUGGUAUAUACCGUAGGCUAGAUCAACAGGCCCUCCCGCUCUUGACUGUGUAAAAGACUUUUAAAGAUAGUGGAAACCGCUUUCCCACUGCUCGAGGAAGCUUUCUUCUUUUGGCGCAGAGGUUCUCAAACUUUUAGGGAUUAAACAGAUCCACAUGAAGUCCGGGAUCCCAAUUGAGAAGCUCUGAGUUGCAAACUCAAAGGAAUACUGCCGCAGAAAAGAAAACAAACAAAAAAAAAAAGAAGUGAAAAGUUAUCCUUUGCAUGUCCUCUACAAAAAAAAGAAAAAAAGAGUCUGUAGCUCUACUUUUGCAGCACCCAUCCCUCUCUCUAGGAACCUGACGAGUCCCCGGAUAUCUGCUUUUAGAAAACAAUCAUCUUAACAUCUAAGUGCAGACUUGUAGUCUGUAAUUGCCCGUUGAGUCGUCCAUCUGCAGGAGAACAGGUAGUUGGCCGUGUUUCUUCGCCUGUACUUUGCCCCUCCCACCAGCAGCUCCAGCCCUCCUGUGUAACCCCUGAUUGGCUGAGGGGAUUGCGGGUCCUGAGACUGAGCGCUCGGCUCGGAGCUGCGCGUCCGCCAGUGUGCACCAGUGAAGCGAGAGGAGCGCUUGUUGGAGUCAACUACAGACAGCCUACUGGCAACGAGUGGUGAUUUCUUUUUUCUGCCUCCACCAGGCUGGAUAUAGGCGUCUAUGCUUCUACUUUGCUGCAGCCCCUAAAUUCGCUUUAUAGGCGACAUGCACUAGGCUCUUACAUCUUUUUCUGCCACUGGCUUUUGGCUGUAUUUUCAUCGGAUUGUGCGUGUUGCAUGGACUAAUUAUCGGGAUACGUGCUGCCUUUUUAAGUGAGAUACGAGGAAAUUAAUUAGUAAGUAAAAGCUUGAAGACUUGCGGAAGGGGUGAGAGACUAAAUUUGCUGGAAAUAAUAAAAAGAGGUAAUCGGGUCCUCAUUGAUGUGAUGAGACAUUCCUGCAAAUGCACCCUUAUUCUUUAGGCAAAGAUACCCGGACUUAAGCUGUUGAAUAAUUUUGUGACUGCAGAUUCUCGUACCUUUUUUCAUCAGAUGUGCAGUUUUAGAGCACCAUAGCUGCCGGCCGAAGAGGAAAUAUUAUCACAGCUUGUUCUGUGCCACUCAGUGUGUGUUUUUUCAUGCAGAAUGCGACUUAAUUUUUUGCAGCAAGGCGGAGAAUCUAACGCGGACUUUUGAACCAUUUUUCAAAAAUUUGUGGACUUUUUGCUGCUCCCAGGAAUUCUCAUUUUGUGUCUAUGCAGUCCGAGCCUUCGCCCUCCUUCUUGCGCACUUGAAUAUGGACAGUUCAUCAUGUUUUUGCCGCUUGAUAAGAGCUGCACGGAUUUACACGGCUAAAUCACUGUUGUGAGAAGAUUCAGCAUGUUCUCGCAGAUCUCUUCUGUCCGCUGCAGCAGACCGGAGGAUGUGCUGCGCCUGAGAAGAGUCAAAUAGGCUGAGGCACUUGUAAUAAUUCUAGCUUUCUCACCAUGAUUUAAUUUGCAUAACACGAGACCUAUUCGUCACCAAAACACUUUUUCACCGGACACUUAAAUGAGAUGAGUCAUUUGGAGCCUUUUCCCUCUCUUCUCUGACGUGCAUUCUUGCGCGUAAUUAUCAAGGUCUUAAUCUAAAAAAAACUCAACAGGUACAAUGCACAGCAAGGAAAUGGAAUUAAUACAACUGAUCGCUGUGUUCCUCUUGUUUUGGGUCGGGACUGAGGCUGUCAUCAACCUGAAGUAUGGAAUAAACGAGGAGAUGAAGCCCGGCUCAGUGAUUGGGAAUGUGACAAAGGACGCGCUAAAGCAGGGAUUUCAGAUUGCACCGCAGCCCCCGUACUUAAGGGUUAUUUCCAAUUCUGAGCCGCGAUGGGUGGAACUGAGUCCAGCCGGAAUCCUUACAACCCAAAUGAAAAUAGAUCGGGAUGUAGUUUGCAGACAGAACCCCAAGUGCAUUAUUUCCCUAGAAGUGAUGUCAAACUCUAUGGAGAUCUGUGUCAUCAAAGUUGAGAUUGAGGAUUUGAACGACAAUGCACCCAGAUUCCCGACGAGUCACAUUGAUAUUGAGAUUUCUGAGAAUGCCUCCCCUGGUACCAGGUUUCCCCUAGAGGGGGCAAGCGAUCCGGACGCGGGGAUCUUUGGAGUGCAAUCAUAUUCAAUCACCCCAAAUGAGCUUUUCGGACUGGAAAUAAAGACCAGAGGGGAUGGGUCCAAAAUAGCAGAGCUUGUUGUGCAAAAAUCGUUAGACAGGGAGACACAGUCCCACUAUACGUAUGAAAUCAGUGCAGAAGAUGGAGGAGACCCUCCUAAGAUAGGCGCGGUCCAGUUAAAUAUCAAGGUGAUAGAUUCGAAUGACAACAACCCUGUUUUUGACGAGACGGUGUAUACAGUGAAUGUUAUGGAGAAUUCCCCCAUGAACACUUUAGUCAUAGACUUGAAUGCGACGGAUCCUGACGAGGGCACCAAUGGAGAGGUGGUGUACUCGUUUCACAGUUACGUCACCGAGAAAACGAGGGACGCGUUUAAAAUUGACCCCAGAACCGGGAUCAUCACCGUCAACGGGGUUUUGGAUUACGAAACGGCGCAAAUCUACGAGAUCGACGUCCAGGCGAAAGAUCUAGGUCCCAACUCCAUCCCAGCUCACUGCAAAGUCACCGUGAACGUGAUGGACACAAACGAUAACCCACCUGUCAUCAGUUUACUCUCCCUGAACACGGAGAUGGUGGAAGUUAGCGAGAACGCGCAGCGCGGGUAUGUCAUCGCGCUGGUGAGGGUGUCAGAUAAGGAUUCUGGGGCAAACGGCAAAGUGCAGUGCAGGCUGCAGGGCAACGUGCCGUUCAGACUGCAAGAAUACGAGAGCUUCUCUACCAUACUUGUUGAUGGCAGGCUGGACAGGGAGCAGAAGGACACGUACAACCUGACCAUCCAAGCGGAGGACAGUGGCAUCCCCCCUUUGCGCGCCACCAAAUCUCUUGUAGUCAAAGUCACAGACGAAAACGAUAACCCUCCCCACUUCCUCAAACCGCACUAUCAAGAGAUGGUGAUGGAGAACAACCUCCCCGGCUCGUGUCUGCUGGCUGUGUCAGCAGAAGACCCAGAUCUGGGCAUGAAUGGCACAGUUUCCUACUCCAUAGUCCCCGGUGAGAUUAAGCACAUGGAUGUAAACACAUAUGUCAGUAUAAACCCAUCAGGCCGCAUUUACUCCAUGAGAUCAUUCGACCACGAAUACACCAGGACUUUUGAUUUUAAAGUUUUGGCAAGAGACAAUGGUAACCCCUCUUUAUCCAGCAACGCCACAGUGCGUAUUGUUGUCCUGGAUGUGAAUGACAACACACCUGUUAUGACAAACCCUCCCCUGGUUAAUGGCACAGCAGAGGUGUCCAUCCCCAGAAAUGCAGGGGUUGGAUACAUGGUGACCCAGGUGAAAGCAGACGACUACGACGAGGGGGAAAACGGCAGGCUGACCUACACCAUCUCGGAAGGGGACAGGGCUUUUUUUGAGAUCGACCAGGUGAAUGGAGAGGUGCGCUCAACACGGAUGUUUGGAGAAAACGCCAAAUCCACGUAUGAGAUCACUGUAGUAGCGCGGGAUCACGGCAAGCCCUCCUUGUCCGCUUCGGCCUACAUCGUGGUGUACCUCUCUCCAGACCUGAACGCGCAGGAGCCUAUCGGACCUGUCAACCUGUCCCUCAUCUUCAUCAUCGCGCUUGGCUCUAUCGCAGCCAUCCUGUUCGUCACCAUGAUUUUUGUGGCGGUCAAGUGCAAGAGGGAUAACAAGGAGAUCCGGACUUACAACUGCAGGUACUGACUCAGUCUCAUGUGUGUGUGCGUGUGUGUGUAUGUGGGUGUGAGUGUGUGCGCCCGUGCGUUUGCCCGCCAUCGUGCCUGAAACUGCGAGUUGUCAGUGGGUUGCUUUUGUCAUGCAGCAUGUAGAGGCCCGACUGUGAGGACUGCAGAUUUUUUUUUCCUUCUUUACACACACACACACACACACACACACACACACACACACACACACACACACACACACACACACACUGAAAGUGAACACACUGAAAGUGACUGCUUUAAAUCAGAAACAUUCCGCUGAGGAGGCCCCCCCUGCUGUUCCGCGUUAAGGACAAUGUGAUUGAUUGAUUUAAUCCACCCAUUGUAACCAAUUGACUCAUAAAUAUGACCGUUCAACUGCCAUGUUCAAUUUGCGGGUGUGUUGCCGGACAAUUAACGUCCCACUGGUUCAAUAGCAGUCACAGACAUUUAUUAUUUAACGUGCACCGUGGCUGAUUGGCUGUUAUCAGCUCUAAUCUGCAGCGAUUAUGGACAGUAGUCUCUGUCGUUCACAAUUACGUUUGCUUCUCACAGCACUGAGAAAUCAAACAGUGUUAGAUAAACACAAAAAAAUGACAUCUUCACAAAAUAGAGCUCAGAUGAGUCAAAAGCUCAUAAUUUAAAAAGUCACCACCAGCCACAUUGAGCCUCUUUCAUGGAGAGAAGGAGGUUAUUAUUUUCUGGACUUUGCAUAUUGAACUCUGUUUUGUGCAUCAAUCAGAUCAUCAGCUCUGGCUUUGAUUUCCCUGUACCACAUUACCACCAUGAAUUUACAUAUAGAUUGGAUUUGAGAAUUUAACCUGCAGCUAUAAUCAUAUUAUGCUCCAAACAUAAUUUUGUUAAUUUGAAGGUAACUCAGGCCAUAUUUCAUGCAUGGAGCACAGGAAAAAUAGUCUAAACAACCCCAAAUAUCGCUCUGAGUUCCCCUUUUUGAUACAUGUCAACUGUUUUCUUUUUCAGCACCAUGUUAGGCUCUUAAAAACUCCUCUUUUUAAGUGCAUAUGUGUCACUUGAUGAAAUGUAACACUAGUGACUCUAGAUGGGGGAAGAUUUACAAUGUAAACAAAAAUAAGACCCACAUCUUACUGCGUUGUACGAAAGCCAAACAACUCCGACAAAAGAUUAUCAGUGUGCUGACAUCUCGAUCACAACCAGUUCUUAACGCCAUAUCCUAUUUUCACCCUGUCUGGCAUGUUUCAAGAGAAGAAAUAAUGAUCGACAACAACAAAAUCCUAAAUUUCAAACUGCUGUGAGUCUUUUCCUCUGCCUGUGUGAGCCUCUCUCUGUCUCUUCUGGGAGCUUUAAUCAGCUCUGAUGUGCUGUACUCCUCAGUCGCCACCUCGAAUUUGAGGAGCGGUUAUCUCCAAUUUAUUGCUUGUCCUGUGUCAGUCGGUCUGACUCUGAAGAUUUCCCCUCAAAGAUUUCAAUUUGGACUCAGACUGGAGACACUACAUGUUAAAAUGAUAAAUGAAAAAGAGAUGGAGUAUUUCCUUGCAGCCUCCUAUUUUCUCUCCUCUAAAUCGGGAGGUGUUGGGAGGGAAAUGGGGGGGAGGGAGCAGUUUCUGAGAUGCAAUCUAAAAGAAAAAUGAAAAAGACAAAGUACACAGGGGCUUUUUAACAGUGUGAUUUGAAAAGCGACUGAGGAUUAGAGCUGCCUUUUAGUGAGGAACACAGGCCAGUGGGGGCUGGUGCAGCAAAGAUGUUCAAGACAAUACAAGAGGCAGAAACAGACACAUUCCAGAUAUUGCAAUUUCAAAGAUAAUGAUGGUUCUGUUGCAGGCUUUGGAGGAAAGUAAAUGAUUUAUUCCAAGCCUUAAGGUUCAAAAUGGCCUCUUCCAGGGUUUGAAGCAAUGCAGAUGGUAGAAAACAUCCCAAAUUGUAUGAAAUAUGUCUAGUGAAGUUUGUAGUCAUCACUGUAGAGUGCAGAGCAGCUGUUCUACGGUGGAAAACUGCAAGGCUGUGCGAAGAAUGAAUAUUUCCCCCCGUCGGAGUUUCCUUUGAUAAAACAUGGCUGUGUUGCUCAUUUGCUCUUAUUAAAGUCAAAAUACUCAGCUCAAGUUUGCAGCAGCCACUAAGAGCAGCUAAAUGAAUCUGAAUCUGCAGUUCUCCUGCACUCUGUCUUGCUACUGGGGAGCAUGAUAAUGAAAGAAAAAAUGGAAUUAGUGUGGGCUGUGUGCUUUGAAUAUGAUUGCAUAUACCGGUAGUGCUGCUCAAAAGCUGUGUGUUCUUUUUUGCUUCUACGCUUCUGUGGUUUUGGCAUGUUUGCAUUUUGUCUGCCUGUUUGUGACAUGUCUAUUGUUGAGCAUGCAAAUGCAAACAAACAAGGGAUGAGGGCUCCAUUGCAAACCGGGAGUGGGAAGUCACUUAAGUGUGCAGUUCAACCCCCGGGGCUCAUGCAGUGGGCCUUCACCUGGCACCCAUGGUUGAACAGUGGGCCUAGCUGGCAUGGCGGGCGAGCUUUUUGACCGUGUGGACAUGGGAGGGGGAAGGCAGAACACUGCUUUAUUGAGUCUGUUCAGUUUCUUCUACUUGCGCAGGGUGGCGGAGUACUCAUACGGCAACCAGAAGAAGUCCAGUAAGAAGAAGAAGCUGAGCAAGAACGACAUCCGCCUGGUGCCGCGGGACGUGGAGGAGACGGACAAGAUGAAUGUGGUGAGUUGCUCGUCUCUCACCUCCCCGCUCAACUACUUCGACUACCACCAGCAGAGCCUGCCGCUGGGCUGCAGGCGCUCCGAGAGCACCUUCCUCAACGUGGAGAACCAGAACUCGCGCAAUGCCGCGCCCAACCACGGCUAUCAGCACCCGUUCACUGGGCAGGGCCACCAGCAGCCAGACCUCAUCAUCAACGGCAUGCCACUGCCAGAGGUGAGAUAUGAUUUGCUGUGCUCUACCCUGAAUCCUUGGAAGGGCUGAUCUGGGUGUUAGGGAAACAAAAAUAAUGAUUUCAACCUCAAAACUUUAGGUUUCAGAUUGUAAAGAAACCUCUGAUUUUCUUCUUUGUUCUCCUGAUAUGAGCCUCUGUCAAUAAUAAGGACGGCAGAGGCGAUACUGUUAAUGGCACUGAUACUUUCCCUCUUUUAGGUUGUGCAGUACAGUAUGUUCCUUUGCUAUUUCCUUAUACACCAAUCAAUGAGCUGCUCUGUUUCCGUACUUUAGCAGCCCCUGAAAAAAUCGACUGCUUUUGGGUAAAUUAUGAUGUAACAAUAACAAGCGAAAACUCUCCACCGAAGAGAACAGAGUAAUGUAAGCCCCUGCAAUCAUUAUUUUUCCACCCAUGAUGUGUAUUUUCUUGAAAUCUUACUGGUGGGUCUAGCAGUAUUGGGAGUACUUGAGUCUAAAUCAGUAACAGAGGAAUAAAUGGUAUCAGAAUAUCACAAAGUUUUCAGUGAUAGCCUUUAUUGAAUGAGAUUUAAACAUCCAAUGCUCCUCCUUUCAUCACACCUCAAGAUCUAGAAAGAGUUAUCAUUCCACUGUGCCACCCAUUAGAGUCACACUGAAUCUGUCUGUUAUUGACGGAAAGAUGAGCUAUUCGAGAUGGCAUGUGUGACGCCGUGUCAGUCCAUCUGAGCUGAAUCUUUCCAGGCAUUUUAAAGGGCCGAGACUGUGAUGCUGACACUGACCUGUGACUUGGCUGAAGCGCUUUGCCAAGCAGAAUUUGGAGGCCUGACAAAGUGGAUUAUUUGGCUUUGCUCACACCAGUUGUUUACUCUUUUUUCCCCCUUUUAUUUUUGUGUGUGCUGAGCUAUUGCAAAAAAAAAAAAAAAAAGAGAGAGAGAGAGAGACAAAAAUAAAAAAAGAAAAGAAAAUGAGCGGGAGUCUGGGCUCCUGCCAGAUGUAUUGACCCAGCUAAUCAGCUCCAGCACACAGCAAUCAUUUCAGGUGCUAGCAGAAAGAAUAAUCAUUGCUUAAAUGCUUUUAUCCGUUUUGUUGUCCAUUUGGCUGCAGUGUUAGCGCAUGGUCGCUCUGCACAGCCAGCCAUUGAAUUUCCCUGACAUACCAUGCGAGACUCCAGCAGAGCAGUGAAGGUCUGACGUGUAAGCAGGCUGACAGAGUGUAUGCAGACCCAGCUGAUCUUUAGUUUAUAGAUUUCUAUAUGUAUGAACUGCUCUAUCGGAUUGUUUGGGCAACCUCUCUCCUUCCCUUCACUUCUCCUUGCUCCCAUGGGAGAGAAGGCGCAUUUAUGUGUGAGCGCAUGCACAAAAAUGUGCAUCAGUGUGAGUGUUUGUGCUCACUCCUAUAGACAGCAGCAAAUAAGCUCCAGCUCCCUGCACACAUACACACAUACGUUCGCUUGUAAUUGAUGACUCCAAUCUCCGUUUGACAUUCAGUGAGAAGAAGGUGGAGGCGUGGGGUUGGGAGUGGGGGUCUUAAAACAAGAAACACAAGAUGGAUAUUGAUGUAUUGACUGUGUGAUCUAGAGAGAUCCAGGCACCGAUGGAUCCUGAGGGGUCAAUGAGACCUACUUACAGGCGUGCUGAUUUACUGGGCCUGUCUGAGCCGGUUCUGACUGAGUGUGUGCGUGAAUAACACAGGUGGAAAGAAUGAGGGGAGUGGGGGUGGGCUUGUUGUCCUGUGGUGUUAUCCGGUCAGUGGAGAGGCAGAGGUGGGGGGAUUCAGCGGGCACAUGCAGUGACCCGUAUGCUGUGAUUGUAUUUGCUGGUAGGUAGCGCUGCGCAGGUCAACACCACCCUUUUUCCCUGCCAAAGAGGGAGAGGAGAAAAUGAAGUGGUGGGGCCGGGGCUGCACAAAGAAAUCAACCCUGGCUGUGAAAAGCUCCAGCAGCAUCCUGUCUCUGUGGCUUAAACAUCCAAUAAAAGCCCAUUUGCCGCAGGAUUAGGAGAGCCUUUAUUUGUUUCAGCUAAUGAAAAAGUGGAGAGGGAGACAAAUGGGGUCGAAGAUUGAUUUUGAUGAUUCCAUAUGCAAAGCUGGGAGCUGCGUGUGAGGGGGCAGAUAGAGAGAUAAGUAGGGGGAUGAAGUGAGCGAGAGAGGGUGAAUGAGUCUCAGCGCCAGGUGUCUGAGCCCCCGACCACAUUCUCUCAUCUUCUUAGAGGCAGUUGAUUGGCUUUGAUAGAGGCCGAGCCUGUUUAGCAUGCAGCUUCCACUGCUCUCCGCUGUGCACAUGAUGUUGACAAACAUCUCUUUGACCCUGUAUUUUUGCAUAUUUCCCCUGGAUGGAGGAUAGAGAACGUGUGUGCGGUUCAACAAUUAAGGAAGAAGCAGCGGUAGCAAGAGAAUACAACAGUUGUCGUUGUUGUUUUUCUUCCUCAUUGUGACAUUUUUUUCCCAGAGACAGAAGCUCCACAGACUGUAUAUACAAAUGUUGCUCUUAAAUAAGCAAUGUUUUCAGUGUAAUUACAAUGCCAUUUAUAGCACAAACAAACAGCAGUGCAACAACUGAUAAUUGCUUCGUUACGAUGAGCAAGCUCGGGCUUGAAACCACUUGACUCCACAAGUCCUCAACCCAUAUCCCAUUGACUGCCGAGGACACAUGAGUGGCUGCACUGUUGUGAUUACCAAGGCUGCUUUUGCCCCCCACCCCCCUAAAAAAAUUGUCCUCAUCCUGAGGGCAACUUCGUAAUUAUCCAUGAUUCAUUUAUUCAUUUGGUGGAAGAGCGUUUUGUUUUCCAAACAGGGGCACAACGAUGCCUCUGUGUUUGUUUAUUUGGCUAACAUGCAUGUUAUUAUGAUCACAUGAGUCAGAGUGUGGAUUGGAGGUCAGAUUAACCGAUUGCUAAUGGAGCUAAAGAGGAUACGGCUGCGUCUGUUUUGAUCAAUGCAGAGUUCUCCUGCAUUGAUAGUGUAUGUGGGCCAGCCAAACAUCCCGCUUAUGUCAGCUGGAGUCGAGCUUUUCCUGCUUCAGACAAAGCACGCACACUUACACACUCUAACACACACACACGCACACAGCAGACUCGACCAAGAUAACAGUGACAGGUCUCCCCAAAGGCCUCAUACCUGCUAGUGCAUUGUGUAUAUUGUAGUCUCCCUCGUGAGAUCGUGCAGCAGCAUAUACCUCGUAACAUGGCUGUCCGUUGUUUUGAAAAGCAUCAGCUGUGAGAUGUUUGUUAGACCUGCCCGUGCUAGCUCUAAUAUGAAUGCUCACAGGAGAAUAGAGCUGUCUUCCAUGGCUUAAUUAUAGCGAAUCACUUGGUGGGGGGGUGGACAAUUAUACAGUAAAGGAAUGGCCUUUGGCUAGAAUGUGUUUUUGAAUUUGUAAUGUGUGCUAAGGCUUUGCACACCUGUGAUUCCGGAUAAUGAGCAGAGCAGAAAAAUAAGUGAUCUUGCUUUAUUGAUUGGCCUUGUUCAGGUAGGAGAUUGUUGAUUUUUCUUUUACACAGAUACUAAAUGAAUGAGAAAAAGGCGAUGAAUGAUUGAGGAACGGAGGUUGGAGUUUGCGCUGCAUGCACGGUGUAAAUACAAGAGAAGUGAAUUGAUAACUGAUGCAAUCCUCCAGAAGCUCCCUGCAUCUGUUUCUUACAGGUAUUGUAGUCUCAAGGAGCCGCAUUGUAUGGAGAAAUGUCAGGUUGAGAGUCAGACAAAAGAGGUUUGAAUGUACAUUUUGCAUUUGUUUGUACAGUCUUCACAGUCGUUCAAAGGCACCUUAAUGAGAAAAUGAAAACUGAAACAAAACAUCUGACGAGGUGUCUCUGUGCAGCAGUCUCUGCCUGUUAGGAAGGAAGAUGUUUUUGAUAUUGAUGCAGCAGAGACAACAGGGAGUGGUUCCAGCGAGGCUGCACAUCCCUCGCUAUCACUUCCCAUCAGGGCAGUAUGCAUGGGAGCAUUCAGACGUGUCAUAUUGAGCAUGCAAAGUAGAUGUCAUGCUGUCAGCGCGUACUACACAUCUGUUGAAAGUGCCAAUCUCCUCCCACACAUAUACUCAUGAAUACACACACACACACAAACAUCUCUUCUUUUGGAGCGUCACAUUUAUUUGAAAUAUGGACAGUUGCAUUAUCAUUUACAUCAUUACGGUCGACUCAGGGAUCUCAGAGCAGGAGGGAUGAGCAGUGUGGUCCAAUAUUUCCUAUAAUCAGAUGUGAUUUUGCAUUUAGAGUACUUUUUUACUGAUGUUCCGACAUUAGCAUCACUCCCUGUUGUUUAAAGAUUUCCUUGAUAUUAAGUCCUUCAGUAAAAGAUUUUCUGGGACAGCUCCAGUGUUAAUGAAAAUAUUACAUACUUACUGCUCUUCUUAACUGUUUUCCUCUGUGCAGAGCCGAUGAAAUAAUUGCUAUCUUCCCCUCAUCUAACAGCUUUUCAAUUUAAGUGUAAAAUAUGUAUUAAAAUUCUGAAGGUCUUCUUUGAGGCAAUAGAUGGUGCAGGUUUGGAGGAGUAAUUCAAGCUUUAUUUUCAGUCUACCUCUGGCUGAAUCAUUUAACCUUUUUUUUUUUCAAAUUAAAUUGAACAACUUGCAAUUGACAGAAAGUGGUGAACAUCAGCUGAAGAUGUAAUAAGGAGAGGACAACAUGCAGGAAGUAAAAGUGUGCCUCCUUUUAGCUCUUCACUGUCACUGAAUGUAAGCGUCACUGCGGUAGGAGACUGAGGCUGGUACUUGAAGUUAAAAUGUAAGAGCUCUCCGGAUGAUUUCAGUUUUGCAGAUUGUGACAGUCAGCUUUUUGUUUAAUUGUCAGGAGUGAAUAGAAGUGAAUGAGAGAUUUUUUUUUUCAGCAGAACUAAUUCAAGAACUGUCAAGUCAUUGUCCUCGAAUUAUGACAGGAUAAACAUUAAAAUUUGCAAGAAACAAAACCAUCAAAUUUCUUUCAGCUCUGAUUCUAAGAUAUCAGUAUAAAACUAGUGUUUUGAAAUAUAUAUAUUUAAGGUUGUGUUGUUUCUUUAAACACUUCAAUGGCUUUUAAUCAACAUUUUGUAUUGAAGAAUUGAAUGCUUUCUUCAACUUCAGCGAGCAGAUGCCAAAGAUUUGUCGUGUUUAGUUGUGUGAUUUGGUUUAGUUUAUUGUUCAGUUUCUCUGGGACCAUCUACAACAGACAUUAAUAUCAGUUACUGAGAGGAGAUGUGCUGUACCAGAUUUCGCUGAUUAGCUGAUUAAUACUGUCACAGUGACAGUAAUGCAUAUAUGUAGUCCUGUGGCACCAGUAGAGGAUUGUUUUACUCUCAUUUUAUGCAAAUGAUUUUGCCAUUGUCUCUAAAGAUAGAUUUUAGAAAGCUGCAAUUUGUCUCUUCAACUUUUUGUUUUGUUUUGCACUUCAUUGCUGAACAUGCUUAAAAUUCCAUUAUUUGGCAUCUGAAGACAGUUUUUAUGUCCAUAUUUACGAUGUGCAGUGAUGUGAUUUGGGGAUCAGAUGAAUGUUUCUUUAACUGGCCUAGUCAGUUGCCACCAAUAUAGCAAGCGCUUAAGUUUACCUCUUCAGUGAUGUUUCUGUGGCUUCUCUUAUGCUGUUGUGAUGUGGUUGCUUGCUGACGUCAGUUCAGUUAGCUGCAUUUAAAUGCUUAAUUCAAGGACAGAAACUCAAAACACAAGUACUUCAGUGAUAUUCUUAUCCUACAAGACACAAAGUGCACAUUACUUCUUGAUUCAAACAAACAUCGGGAUAGCCAAACUACGGUGUGCUGAAAGGGACAAAUAGCACAUGAUUUAAAAGAAGAUAAAGCAUUCAUUUUAGACCUUGAUUGCAUUAACACUGACAGCCUUAACUGCAUUACAGUGUGUAAACAGUGACAUCUUUCCAAUACACAGCCCCAGCGCACAGUCUUUGAAGCUAAGAGGGAUGGGAAGCCAGAGUCAUGGUAAAAAAAAAAGCUGGAUUCUCCUCACCUCUGAGCACUUUAUCAAUCAAAAUAGAGAAGUAAGGACAGAUACACUGAUACUGUGCACUAUAAAUAAAGGGAUACAUAACUGCUCCAUCUGAAAAGCUCUUUUUCAUAUUUAUUUUUGAUGUGUUGGAAGAGUGGGAGGUGUAUGUUGCAUUCUUUAAAGUCUCCUCCUUUCAAAAGGGGGUUUGAGAGAGAAUCGUUUCAUCUCCAGAAGCUUCAGCCGCGCACUGAUUGAGUGGCAGAUGAACCUGUUAAUUAUUUAGAGAGGUUAUUUGUAAGGCAAGGGCUUCAGAAAUGCUCUGCUUUUCAAGUGUCAGUGUUUAUAAGGUGAAAUAAAGCCGAGUCUGUCAGAAAUAAAUUAACAGCGUGACAGUGAUGUAGUCGCCGGCCUCUUAUUGCAUUUCUCAGCUGGCUCCUCCCUUUUUGUUUAACACAGAGCUGUUGAAGCUGCCGGCUGAUUCUGUGGCAUUACUCAACAAGAUGCUUUUCACUUCAUGCACAAGCAGGGCUAGUUUUACACUCGGUUGGGUUUUUAUAGCCUUGACCCCAACCCGCAACACCCCAUCACUGCAUGUCAUUCCCGAUGUCGCGGAGGUACAAUGAAAUGACAUAACCACCGCAGGCAGCCAGUCAGAAGCAGCCGGGCCCGCCGGGUUACCACCCUCUCGCUGGAAUCAGAGCAUCCAGCCAAAGAGCUUAGGAGUCAAAACAGACGAGCGACGGCGUCUGAUGUACACAUGUCACCGUAUGUGUCCUUAACAGCAUGUGACUACAUGAGCAUACAGAGGGAGUAAUAGUGCAGGGAAACGGCGAGGCCGAGCAAAACGAGGAGAGACAGAGAGGAACAGGGGAGGGCAGAGGGAGCUAUUUAUAGAAUGCCAAUGAUUUUGCUCAACCUGUAUUGCUACUGCCUGAAACAUGUUAUUUCUCUCUGUAAAAUACAGUGUGAGGAUGAGGAGAGGUUUUAUUGCACAAACCAUAUCAGCCUCUACAGAAAGCAAUAAUGCCACGCUUCUAUUGUUAGUACAAGAUGCUCCUUUUUUUUUUGCCCUGAAAAGGAACAAACAGUGUGAUUAUUUCAAUGUUCUGCUCAACGUGUAGGGAUAACAAAGGAAAGUGUUUUGAGUGUAAGUUUGCAGAAAGUAUUUUUCUAGCACAGUCCUGGAUAGAAUCAUCAAAUGGCUGAAAAUCUUAAUGAAAUCAUCAAAGUAUAAAGGCUGUAGACUUUUUAAUGAUUGUAGACACAGAAAAGCUUAGGAUUACGUUUUUAAAAAAAGAGAGAAAGAGGAAAUCAGCCAUAUGGUUCUAUUGACUUUAAUCACUCAUCCAUCUUUAAACAUAAUCGACUCGCUUAAAAACAACAACUCAGUAAAAAAGAAAGGAUAUCUGAAAAAGCUGCAUCAUGUGGGAAGAAUUAACUUUCUCGUAAACUCAGUACACAUCAAAGCAGGUGGAUUUUUAGUAGGACAAACACGGGCACAUAAUGGCAUCAGUUGUCCUAACAGUUUAUAUUGAAGGAUUUUUACUGGACACGUGCCUGGCUGCAAAAAGGGCGAUAAUGGCAUUAGGCGUCAGGUUGAUGGGUCUUCAUGGAAAUGAGAGACUGGGAAAUACAGAGAAGGAAAUGGACAUAGUGAUGAUGUUUAUCGCCGGGGAAGGGGGACAUCAUUACGCACCUUGUUAAGCCCUGCAAGCAAUACUGCAUGGACGUAAUUACCCAUUGAAAUGAGUUUCCCGCUGUGUUGUUUUUUUAUUUCUCAAAUUAAACUCUCUGACACAAAUGCGCAGCAUUCAGAUUUCUUUCCUCUGACUCUCAAGUACCAACAAAGUGGCAGUUAAAGUGUGGAAAUUUAACAUUGGAGGAAUGGAUUUAUUGAGGCAUUCUGCAGGUAUCAUGCCGCAGCCUUUCACACAUUUUUCUCUUUCAAAGUCUGCAUCGAGCACUAACAUUUCUUUUGUGUUUAACAAAACUUAGGUGCAGUGAGAUAAAGAUAAGAAGCAAACUCAUGACGAGGGAAGGCUGCAGGGAAAUAAAGAAAUAACCCCAUCCCUCAUUAAUGCAGAUUUUGCUGCCUGUGUUUGCCUGUAGUUAUUUUAAUAUAAGAUAGAAAAGGUCAGCUUACAUAUUUAAAAACACAAAGCCUAAGACUUGUUAUGGCCAGGAGUGGAAUCUAUUCGCCGUGGAAGCUCACAAUGCUAUUUACUUGUAUGUCAAGAGGAAUGUGCCCACCUCCAUCCCUCUGGCAUAAAAAUAUUAAAACAGCAGCAGCGUUUGAACAUUGUGUAUUAGCAUGCACUGUGAGAAAACAUUGACACUCCUUCCAUAUAUUUGUCCCCUCUUGCAGAUAAGCAUAACAAGGGAACCAUAAUCAGUCCAUAGAGGAUUUAUUAUUUUCUUUUCAGAUCUCACGAGGAACAACAAAACAUGAAUGUUUUCACUAAAUAAAGAAGUGAGAGAAAAGUAAUUACAAUUUUUUAUUAAUGAGAAUAUGAUUUAAAUGUGCCAGAAACUAAUUUCAUCCCCAAUAAUGGGGCCGACAGGGUAUUGAUUAAUAGUCACUGAUGACUUCCAUUUCUCACUGUUGUGUCUUAGCCGGACUGCAGGUUAGCAGACUUGUUGCAGCAUUGUGAGGAGAGCUGUGUGGGUUUUCCUCCUGAGUGCAGAUGCUCGGCUUUUUUUUGAAUGACAGGGAAAUGGGGGAAGGGGUUCUGCUGCGAGUAGCAACAAUACUUGCUGUGAACGGAAACUUUUCCAAGCAGCCAGCUCUGACACCAGGGAAGAAUGACCUUUACAAGUGUCCUGUUUUUUGCCUAAAACAAAGAGGGAGCAGGAGGAUGUUAGUUAGCAUUUCCCCCAUCAGAUUAAAUGUCAACUUCUGCAUGCAUAAUUGUAGGAAGAGGAGGAGGACUUGAAGGGAACCAAUUUGCUGGUGGAUAGAUGAAGCCUUGGUUAAGUUAUUCACUGCAUUGCAGAUACUGUCACAAGACUUUGUGCUUGCACUUUAUGCUCUUCAUCUUUUCUUAUCCUUAUAUUUGCUGUGUGUAUGGCUUAGAGGUAAUUGCAACAAAGACUGAAAGUUAAUACAGCUGUAAAAACAGAGUUUCCCCUACCUUUUUAAGAAGCAGACAAAAGCAGAGCAAACGCCAUUGUGUUACACACAAUUACUGCUGUCUACCUUUGUGUUAUUUGCUCAACAAGUAAAGCAGCCCUUCCUGUUUCUCCCCUUCUUUCAUUUCUGCAAAUUCAUACCGCACUUUUGUUUCUACACAUCAACCUGGAUGCGCAUUAAGGAGCGCAUGUAUGGGAUGUUUGAUGAGCGCAGAGUCUGUUGGCAGGGAAGCCACUAUAGCAGCAAUAUCGGCCGCCUCAGAGGCAUGCAGCAGUAUGGCUGGAGGAGCAGCAGGGUAGCGUAAUUGUGCAUUGUUCAUCCGCAGAACAGAGGCAGAGCAUGUAAUGAGCUGUAGCAUUUUCACCAAGCCAGCCUAAUGGGCUAUGACCGAGUGUAGGCCUCUUGGAGCCCUUGCGUUCCCCCUGCCCUGUGUGGCCAAUGUCUCGGGCCUCUUUCUUUUCUUUCUCCCAUUCUCCCCUUUAUUCUCCAUCAUGAACCAGUCUUUCACCCCUGUUACCCCUCUCCUUUAUCCACACUCUCCUUUCCCAUUGUCCCCCUGUCUGAGGAGAUGGUGGGACCCCUAAUGUGUUCUAUGUGUGGCACCUUUUCUCAUUCAUGAUGUCUGCAAAGCUCUAAGCAGUCAGUCUGAUUCAGGCUGACAUAAAUCAGAGCGGCUCAUUGAUGGGGCGCUGUGUGCAGUGUGAUUACAUUAAAAACCCAAACACAGCGCACAAAUAAAAGUUCAGAAGGAGAAUGUGCUGAUGGUAGGUGUAGGGGAUUUGUUGUCAAAAGUCGGCUCAUUUUUCCAUCAGAGGCUGUUUUGCAUUUUGAUUAUCUAGUUCUUCUGAAAGCGAUUCAGGUGGGCCUGUUUCACUCAGGUUUGUUUUCCUGGGAUUAGGACUCUUUUUUUAUUUUUCCACAAGAGCUUGGUCCUAUUAUUUACACCCAUAUCUGGUUUCCAGGGAGGCGGGAAACCAUUUCUUUGCUCGAGUGAUACCAGGUCAAGUUGGAAAGACUAGAAUGUUCCCCAGGGAAUAGAUUAGAUAUGUUCUCUGGGCUGAGCCCGGAGGAUGAAAACACUACUAAUGAUAAUAGUUAUGAUUGCCUUGCAAGGGAAUUGAUAACGGCUUCCCCAGCCUCUUUGUGCUCUCGUAUGGCAUCAGAAAACAAUAUUCAGGGUUGAGUCAGUGUCUGGCUGUGGAGCACAAUGGGACGUCGGCUUUGACUUUCCCCUCACGUCCACUGUUUGACAUACCACAGCAUAGGCAGCCAAGUCAGUGAAUGAAAAGCACUUGGCCUCUGUCAGACUAUUCAGAGUGCCGUUCUAUCCCCAGUAACCUCCUUACUUUGAGAUUACUUUACUGUACCUGUUUUUUAUUUCAGAGCUGUUCCCAGUUCGGUCUUAUAGGCUUCUAGUGGGGAAGCGACCUAUUCCUAUUAAAGGGAUGAUUGCAUUUAAUGUCGGGCUUCAGUGACAUGAGGAGGACGAUACAGCAGUAAGGUCACUUUGGAGCCGGGUUUGAGUUCUCUUAUCUUGUUCAAUGCAUGUCACAUCAAAGCGUGCUUUGAGGACUGUGAAUGAAUCAUCAAGUAUCAUGUCUGUGUACAAAGAAAGGCUAAUGAAAACAGUUUCAAGUGGGAUUAUAGAGAAACUUUUCUUCCAACAGUGGUUAUAUUUAUACACACUACAUUAGAAAAUAUACAAUGCAGGGAAACAAUCUCAGCAUCUAAUUUCUUUUUAAGAGUUAAGGGCUCAUGAUCGGUUCCUCUGGGAUGUGAUUAGCCUAGCUUAGCUCAAAAAAGACCCACAGUGAAGAAGACGUACUUUUCCAUAUUUGCUCUUUUGUGUAACUUUUAAAGAAUACUGGUAUUCAGGGCAGUAUUUUGAGAUACCUUUAGACCUUGGGCUGGGUUAAAAACUAGGAAGGGGGAGUAGAUCUGAAUCAAACUCUGGCCCCUUCUUCUUUUUAGUCAUUGUGAUUUAACAGCAAGACUAAACUGGCACCCUGGGAGCUGAGACUCGUUUGAAUUUCUAUGGUUGCCUUUGUUAUAACGCAAAUGCGCUCUGUCUUAAGACAAGUGCUUUUAAUAGUGCAAAGUGAAGUCUAGGCUUUAUUCUGCCCCCUAUUGGUAGUUUAAGAGUAAUGUAAACAUGUAAGUUCAUUCCUCAAAUGCCAAUCGGGUGGCGUAGGAUACAGCCGGCUGAAGCUUCUCUUUUGGCUGAGUCAUCGUCAUUCGCCAUGGUGUCUGUUAAUGGUGUGUUUUUGACUUGUGUAGAUGUAGGAGACGGAGGCGUCAUGAACUACUUCAGUUUGUUGGUUUGAAAUCCUUUGAGUGAUAGUUACCAGAGCUGUGAAGCUAGCGGCUAGAAGCUAGUACGACUCAGCAUAUUUAUGGGUUUGCCAAUCCUGGUCCUGUUUAUGUUGAUUUAGUUUUUGUCUGCAACAUGUUCUUCGUUUGAAGUCAGAAACUCUUUAAUUAUUUUCUCCACUAGAGGACUUACUGUUAGUAACUCAUAAUAAGGAAUAACCUUAUACAAUGUAAAAGUUUGAAUACACUCUUUCUAAACUUUUUUGAAGACUUGAGGAUGCCAUUUUUACCCUACUUUCACUUUUUGUGCUUGGCCAUGCUGUUGCUAACCACCCCUCGGCUCUAGCCUUGUAAACAGUACACAAUAACAACAUAUUGCCAAUAUUUGCUUAUUUUGCUUAUCAGGAAAUGGACAAGAGAAAAAACGCAAAAAUGCCAAACCACAUUCGUAAUUUGUUGUGGUAUAUGUUUAUGUCUCAAAGCCCCCUUUUCUGUUUUUGUGGGAUAGGACAGCAGACAAACUACCAAGGGUUGUGGGGGAGGACAUCCAUGGGAGUAGUGUUCUGACUUUUCAUUUGUUCGCUACCCAGUAAUGAUUAUUUCAGCCUCUAAGCCCCAGAUUUGGCCUUGUUUUACGGUGAGAAGCAGCAUCAGUGGGGACAGAGCAGCCUUGCCCUGGCUGAGGAGCUUGUCUGUAGCUAAGCUGGUUGGCAGCAAGAGUCAGGUACACAGCAUGGAAGACAUUUUGAGUGGAGACACAGGACAUCUGCGGGGAAGUGAAAGUGGAGACAGGCAGAAUAUUUAGUCGAGGUGAGGAUGGGUUGAGUUUUGCUACAGUAUUAUCCACGUUUGUUGGCCCGCCGGCUGAACGAGAGCAUUUUCUAAUUAUAGACCUCCAUCAUUUUCCUUGUUAGUAGAGCUGGUAACAAGCCAGUCGCCAGCUUGCAUGAGCAACUGCAGAAAGCUGACUUUUGGUUUAAUUUGGAGGACUAGCGAUAAUCCAGACUAAGUCCCUUAAAGCUGAAGCCCCUCCAUCCCCCCACCACUGUUGGAUUACGGGAGUGUCUUUAAAAGGAUAAGGACCUGCUUAUCACCGCUUCCCUCACCACUUGUUUGGGACUUCAGAUGUGGGGGGAGGACGCCUCGUCAUCAUCCAGUGUAGCCUGUGUGGAUAUGAGUCAAAGAGAUUAGGCAUCUGACGGCUGCGAUCAAUGAUAAUCACAAUUUACAGUUUUUAAAGCCGCACAGUCACUAAGGCAUAUGGAUCAUAGCUUAUGCUCCCAUUCCCACCCCGGCCAUUUUCAUCAGUUAUUCCACUCUAACUAAAUAAAGCAGCUAAAUCAGAUGUCCAGCAGAGCUUUAUGAGUGCAGUGAUUGCUGCUUUAACCCUUUUUCCUGCUUUAACACAUAUUUCUAUACUGUCUGAAAUGAUGAGUUUGGUCUUGUUUUAAAAGUGACAAUCAGAAUGAAGAAUGGCGGGAAUAUCAGAAAUCAACCAUAGAAAUAACAAAAAAAAAUCUUGCACUUCACUCAUGGUCCAUGUAUUAUCCGUUUAUUCAGUUAUUCCAUUUAAUCUAGUAAACGAAGUAUGAAAAAAACGAGUCAAUAUUUUGUUUGUUUUUCUGUGUAACCAAAAAAUAAAAAAAUAGUUUGUUUUCGUAUUUUCAGCUCAAAACAGAAUAUACAAUAGAGACGGAAACAAAAACAAAAUAAUAAAUCCUAUUUACAGUUAUUGAUUUUGAGUGCACCUGUGUUGAGCAUACGUGCAUGGCGGCUACACUGGCCUUCCCGUGAUCCUCAGCGACAGUUAUCAUGGCGAAAGAUGCGACAGAGCGGUUUGAGCGCCAUAAUCUUACGUUGUAACAGAGCUUUGGUUGUAAUUUUUUCUACAGUCAUAUCUUCCUCCUUCAGCGUGACCCUCAUGGCGGCUUUGAAUACUACGUAGGAUGCGUCCAUCUCCAUGACAGCAGAUUAGCCUUCGCUACCGCUCUGGCCUGGAGUUUUUGGUCCAUGUUGUUGGUUACUUUGUUGCGCAAUGCGCAUGUGCUAACAGUAGAAAAGCAACGUGGGAAACGGGGACAUCAAUAACCCGAAAACGAAAAGUAGAUUUAUUAUUUUAUUUUCAUUUCCGUCUCUAUCAUAUAUUCUAUUUUGAACUGAAAAUAUGAAAACAAACACUUUUUUGGUUAUAUAGAAAAACAAAUAAGCAAAAUAUUGACUCAGUUUUUUUAUUUUUCAUUUUUCAGAUUGAAUGGAAUAAUUGAAUGGAUGGUUAAUACACGGACCACUGGUGUUAUGCAUUAUUUCAAUUUCAUUUAUUUUGUAAAUAAAAAAGUAUUUUCUCUGUUUUCAGCCCCAAUAGCCCUGACUUUUAAUCAGCUCAUAUUCAUUAAAGUUCCGUACAAAUAUAGCACCAUAUCUGUUUUAUUCAUCUAUUCAAAGGAACAGUUUGACAUUCAUCAAAUAUUGUCUUCACCAUGAGGCUGGUGACUCAAAUCAGCCCCUGCUUUGAGCACAAAAGUCAUCUGACUCAUGGACCCAACCAUGCAAUUUGCAUCUUAUUUUUAUUUUCUCAGAGACCUUGCUGCACUUACAGGUGACAAAGUAUGGGCUUUACAGCAACAAAUAAUCAGACUUUUAGACUAAAAAAGGAAAAGUAUUAAGUAUUACAUCUCUUGAUGGUCAUCAUGGACUUGUAGGGUUUUUAAAGCUUUCAUGGAGAGUCUUCAGCUGAUUUUUUAAGACAACAAUUGAUUGGACGACUUCUUUAUAACCGUACAAAAACAAACAAGCUUAAAAGUAUUAAGACGGACAAAUUUCUACACAUGCAUGGGUUGGAGGCAGAUGAAGAGACCGACAGCAUGCUGCAAUUUUUACAGUAAAAUAAGAUACAUGCAAAACAGAGGUCAAGCAAAGGUCAUCAUGUAGCACAUCAGCAAAAUAUAAUUGUCCUCUUCAGUACUCAGCUAACACAUUGUUUGGUUUAAAACAAAAAAAAAACACAGACGAUGUAACAAGAGAAAAGUUUAUCCCUCCAAUUUGGGCUGUUUGUGUGAGUCACUGCUAAUGAAGUGCUGUUGGGAGUUAGAAGGAGCUGUGCAACAGGGAAUAAAGACCAAUCUGGCACACACUGGCGUAUGUGUUGUUUGAGAUGCUAUAUUUGAAAGUGGGGCUGCUCUUCAUCUCUUCAGGGUGAGAUCAUGGCGAAGAGGUGAGGGAGCUCAGUGAAUUCCAGGUGGAGAGAUGCUGUGAACCCUGCACUCCCAUCCCAGGAGCACUCUGGGAGUUACACAGGAGGGAGCCCAGAAAUAGAAGUAGCUUAUUGUGAGCACUUGUUUACCUCUGUGUCGUUUUUGACUUAGCUCAUUAACCUGUGUGCAUGAGUGAAGCAACACCCCUCCCUGUCUUUCUCUCUCUCUCUCUCUGUCUCACAAUUAAUAAUGAUAACCAAGGGUUAGCAUAAACACAUUACUGCUCAGGCUAAUGAACAGAUGCAGCGACGGGGCGGCUAUCACACCUCGAAGGCAGCGAAUCGAUUUCAGCUGAUACCAGUUCACAGCUACACCCUGUAGCACUUUCCUCAAAUCUAAUCACAGAUCCAUUUAAACUACGUUAGCUGGGAGUCUACUUGCCAUCAAAAUGGGUUUUCAGUUCCUAUUAUUUUGAGAGCAUUGGUUAAAAAUGAACCAAGUGCAGAGGUAAAGUAACAAGCAUAUGUCUUCUAUCUCUGAAAGAUGGAAAAAGCAGACGAGUCUCUCCGUUCAUCCCGGCUCUCCCCCUCGCUCCCAUAUUACCCAUGCAGCACGCAUCCUCUCUAAAUUGUUUUGCAUGACCUUUGCUACAGUAGCUCUAAUUAUUACCAUCACACAGGCCCUGUAAGGCACAUAGCUAAUUAUACUGGAUUUAUCUGAAGGGACAUUGGUGCCAUUCUUCAUAGGCAUGUCUGGGCUACCAUCAAUGGGGGUGAUCUAAACCCAGAAUAAGGUUAAUUUGGGUAAUACAGUAAUAGUAAUUAGAGUCACAAUAAUUACAAGCAUAGUUGUAAUAACAAUGAGGACUAGGUUAUUAGUAAUGGAGAUCUUAAUGAACUGGCUGUAUGUGCAACCUUACGUAAUUGAAGAAAACGUCAUUGCCAUAAAUUUUUUAUUCGUAAAGGAGCAGGAGGGGGUUAGAAGUGCUGUGAAAUAUGCAUAAUGACAGUAUUAUCAAGCCAGAUUGUUGCUGUUUCCUUCCCAUUGCUCUUGAUAGAUGUUUGACAGUGCUAGUUGAAAGAUAUAUUUUCAAAGGCAUAGCAGGAUUACUGUCGGUGUGUAGGUACCAAGACCUCUAGUCAUUGCAUCUCAUAAAGAAUUGUUACCAGAGGAGCCCGUAUUUUUCAAAGCUCCGACAUGAAUAAAGAGGGGCAGUUGGAGUCGUCUUUUGGCUGGCGGGCAACUCAUGUAAUGAGCCUAAGAGGGUUCCAAUUAUUCCACUUGCGAUCAAAAAGGAGAAAGAGAUUACUUCUCUUGCCUCUUUUUUUCUUUGACAUUUUGCACAGUAACAUCUUUUGAUAGGGGCCGGGGGAGUGAGGGAGGGAGUAAGAUUUCUGGUGAGUGGCUGAUAGCAUGCUGCAGAAGUAUAGUCUUUUUAGUCGAGCAGAGAAGACAAAGCGACGCUUCUGCCUCUCACUCACAUUAUUUCUUUAUUUUUCAGAUGUUUUUGUAAGAAAAAAGAAAAAAAGGACUUUUUUUCCCGUGACAUGCUACAUUAGAUUUCUUGCAGAGUAUGUCACCUGCAGAAAAGUGCCAGAAAAGGAAGGUUUCGUAUGACCUCAGGCUUUAGCUAGUGUAGACUUCAUGGAUGAUGGCUGACAUAUUUUUUCACAGCACUGCUGCACAUUGUGAGGAGGCAUGUUGGGCUCUCUCUCACUCACUCACUCACUGCAGUUGUUUUCCUCCUCUGCUUAACAGCAUAAGUCAUGUUCCAAGGGAUACAACGGGGAGUUGAAUUAUUCGAUUGUGUACAGAUUUUUUUCUCCCUCUCCUUUUCAUUUAUUAAAUUCCCAGAUUACAAGUAAAAGCACAUUAGAUGCCUGGCAGUAACUAAAAGGAUUUCUCCACUAUAGAAUAUCAAACCGUAUCAGCCUAGGAGAAAUAAAUGUGUGAAAAAAAAAAACAACUAAAAGACAAAUAAUAUUAUGUACCACUGCACUGAGACAAAGAGAACUCCAAUCUGCAUCAGCACAGAUAAACAUCCACCCCUAAGAUAUGUUCUCGGUAGAUAACAGCUUAGUGUUUGUGUGUGUGUUAACAGCACACACAAACACACAAACACUGACACACUGAGCGGGGCUUUGAUAAGCACAGAAAAUUACUACAUGUUGUUUAUGGUGGCAGAACAAAAGGAUUCAAGGUAUUCAUUUCAAGAAAUCAAGCUGUGGAAAAGGUGGAUUCAGGGUCUGAGAGGCAUUUCAAUAGGGAGAAAUUUGACUUCAUAAUAUAGACAUAAUUACAGGGAGGGGAGAUGCUAGUGUGUGUGUGUGUGUUUGUGAAUCGGAGGUCUUCUUGUGAGUCUGCCCGUGGAUCCAGGCAGAGAUCCACCGUCUGUUGCUGUUUUCCCUGACCCUGAAUAUUUCCCCCCGCAGUGAAAAGCGAUGUUUGCCCCCAAAGACAGCCUAAUACAAAUUAAAUUAAAUGAAGUCAGUGCGGCUAAUCCCUGUGUGUUUCAGCUGCCGAGCCCCCCGCCCCCCCUCCAACUCACAAACGAGUGGGUCAAGCCCACCGCAUCUGGCCCCCUUCUACACUAACCCUGCUCUCAAGCUGCCAGGCUCCUAGCUCCUGAUGGAGACGACAGACGGCGCCCACUGUGACUGUACGUGUGUGCUUGUGUGAGAACACGUGUGCUCGACUGUAAAUUUGUAUUGUUACUCCCUCUCUGACUCAAGCGGUGUUGAUUCCCUCUCUGCUUGUUUUGUCUUUGCGCCUGUGUGUCUGCAUGUGUGCAUUUCUCGGAGGAAGCUUUACUUCUGUUUGCGACCGGCUUACGCAUUUCACACAUUUUUCUUGUUUUAGCCGAGGUCUAUAUUUUUUGGUAAAUUUACAGUUCAGUGUAAAAUAUAUAGGAUUCACAUGUUCACAUCUCAUAGACAAUGGAGUAACAGCAUUUUAGAGAGGCGUCGGGCCGCGUACAGUCGGAUGUUGUUUUCCUGCCUGCCUGCACCAUGAUGCCUCCGAGCUUCAGUCCUGCUAACAAGCCGGAUUUACAGAUGUGGCGAUGAUGUGCGAGCAGCUAAUACUCUGCUGUCAAUCUCGAACUGACAGCUGCCUGCAAAGCCCGCCCUAAAUAUUAGCACCAGAUGUGCCUCGCAUUCAAGCAAACAGGAUCAAAAAGCUAACUAGGCGUCCAUAUAGCUAGAUAGGGGUAGCCUUGUUGUGACGCAAGCAAAAAAAAAGAUCUCCAGAGCCCAUCUGUUUAAUAAAAAGCCCUUUUCUAUGAUACGCGCUCUGGCACUGUGCCCGAGCUCAGUCCACCCCUGAUUUGAGCAGCGGCAGGCCUGAUUUGUGAGACAAAGUACAUCGACUGAGUUUUAGCAGCUGGUGCACACAGAUAUUACGUUUAGAGGCGGGUGGGGUUCGGAGUACAGUGUGGAGUUCAUGUUUGUGUGUGUGUGCGUGCGUGCGCAGGGACAGUAAGCGCAUUAGUGUGCGUGUUGCAGAUCUAGGCACCUGCACACAUGCCCUUUGAAAAGCUCCAUCACCCCUCCAUCCAGCAGUGUAAACACGGUUUGUUUGAGCGAGUGGCCUGGGGUGGUUGGAUUAAUGAGCGCUGAUGAAGUUCCACUCGUAUCCCGGGUGCUGCCUCCCUAUUUGCCGGAGUGGCUGUGAUGUGGUGGUAGUGUGUCUGGAGGCGGUGACUCAUUCCCUUUACCCAGUGUCAGAUUAAGGCAUGUCAAUAAACAGACCCACUCAAUCCAUCUCCGAGUGACUGCAUCCGCUCACAGAGCCUCCCAGUCUGUAAUGAGCUGCUGCAAAUCUCCAUCCAACUAAAAUGUCUGGAAAGAUGCCUUGUCACAGGGAGCGAGAGAGAAAAAAAAAAGAGAGGGAGAGAGACUGGAAGACAGACAGGGAGACUACAGCUGCACCGAUGUGACUUGCAGCCAAAGUGAAACCGCCAAGAGGAGAUGUAAAGUACAAGAUGAUCAGCACUUCUUGCAAAUGCACGGAUCCCUCCUCUCUGCCUCACUCUUGUGCUGAUUCAAUCAAAGUUUAAUUACGAAUUUUAGCAGUGGCUCAAAGUUAUGCAGUUUGUACAGCCACUGCAAGCGUUUAAAGGGACGUGUUUACAUAAUCUGUACUGUUUCUGAGUGUUUAUUUUUAAGACACAGCCCAGGGGAGGCGGGAGAACCCUUUGGGAAUCCCCUCCCCCUCAACACCGGCUAAUAUAGGGCACAACCAAGAAGAUAAAAUACUAUCUAGUAAUUCUCUCGCAGAAAUUAAAUGGCUGUUUAAAAACACAUGUUUGUGGUGGUACCUGCUCCCAGAGGGCCCCGGAAACUUCCCAGUCUACCUGGAUUAGACGUUACCCUCAACAUUUCCGGAGUCUGCUGGAAAAAAAAAGGAUCCCCACCUACUUACCUACCUCUCUCAUGUGGCAGCAUACACACAUUAACGGAUUUUGGGAUGAGAGGAGUGUGAAAACUUUUCCAUCUGACAUCCAAAUUAAAGAAAAUCCCUCAAGACUUGCCUAAAGGGGAAGUUCCUGCUAUUUGAGUUUGAUUAGGCUCUGCAGGCUUUAAGAGAAGUAAGCCGAUUUCUCUUAGGAAACAGCGCAGAUAGUAAAGUCUUUCUUCCUCCCGCCUCCCUUUUUACUAUGUAAAACCAUGAGUUGUAAUCUCAUAGAGAUACUCAGGUUUUCUCUCUGACUUUGAGAUAGCAUAAGCUUACAAAACACAAGAGGUAAACCUGAGCGCUGAACAGGUGUUCACUGAAACUCAAUCCGGCCUCGUGCGCCUGGUGACGCUGCAGGCCUCUUUAAUGCUACGUGGACACUAUAACUCCAUCUGAAAGGCUUAAAAAGCACCAGCCCCGUCUCUUAAGACAAAGACAAAACAAAAACAGCGACCCGCACAGCCACCAACAGUUUGAAACAUGUCGUUGCAGAGCUGUGAUUCACUGGUAAGACAACAGCUCUGACUUAAGCCUCUUUAGCGUCAGCCGACUCCGCUGGAAUGCAGACGUCUGCAGAGGGGGCCUAUUAUUUAAAAUCUUUUCAUCAUGCUGAAAGGGAGGGAAAUAGCUUUGACGUUGAGAAGCUCAUGAAUAAUGAAUGUUGUUUCUAUCAAUGUAUGUAUAAUUAAUCACAUCUCUACUAACUGGACUUGUGUGGAGCCUGUAGGCCUGAGUGACAUGGAGACUGGUCUGGAGGAUCGUCUCUGUUUUCAGAACAGAGGACAGCCGCGUGGUCUGCAAUUUCCUCCGCAGAGGGGGGGGGGGUUCACAGGUGGAGAGAGCCGUAGCCUUUGGCCCUUUUCUUUCACUUGUCAAGAGCGGGAAGCUGAUUGUUUCGGUCAAAAUGAGCAAAUAUUUGUUCUAUUUUGCACAGAAAGGCAAAGAAAAGUGAGGAGGAAAUGCCAGCAGGAAGUGCUGUUGUGUUUACGUGCCUGUUUCAUUGUGUUUCCAGAGAGGCUGUUAUUUGGUUUGCUCAAACAAUACACUUAACACAUGUGGUCGAGGGCAUAAGCAACCUCAUAAUAGCAUUUAAUUCAGCUAGAUUGUUUGUUUUUUUCCUCCGCUCGCUCUCAAGACUGCAGAAACAGUGGCGCUAAGGAAGCUUUUAAAACCCUUUUCUCUGCAGAACCGCUCACUUUCACAACAUGAUUGAUUCCCAAAUGGGCUGCUAGGUUUGGGGUGAAUUGAUGGGUGAUGAAGUGAAAUGAUGCAGAGAAUGUGGCAGGUUAUUUGUCACAUGUGUACCCUUCUGUCACAACUGAUUGUGUAUAAUUUGAGUAUGAAGGCAAGCAGUUUGAUAUUAAAUGGUAACAACUCUCUGUAUUCAUCACGGCAGGCCCCCUUUAGCGGGCAGAAAUAGAAAAUGUAAUCUCAUCCUCAGCCAUGGCUGCGCCUCAGGCACUCUUUCACCCUUUUUACCGCUGAUCCUCCCUGUGGGGCUCUGGCCUCUCUAAAGGAAGAAGGAAAUCUAUAAUCUAGCAGAUGGCAGAGCAGCUAUGGGAGAUUCUAUAAUGUGUAAGACGGUGCUGAUGAUGGUCGUAGGGGGCAGAGGUUGGAGGUGAAGUUGGAGGAGUGUGGCAGAAAAGAGGCCAAAGAGCGUUUUCCCUUUCCAGACAAAAUAUACACCCACUUGGAGAACUGGCCUCGGUGGUCUAAGUCUUUGUCACGGGGUGUCACACAGACUGAUUGUGAGCUGCUUAGAGGUGCUGCUGGGUGCCCGACCCCUGAGGCAUGAUGGGAGCACGCCAGCUCAGCCCCUGCGAGUCACUUAUUGUUGGAGGAGUGCUUUUGUAGGAGAAGCUGGAAGAGAGAGUCUGUGUGUGCAAGAAUGUGCAAGAUGCUCCGAGUGAGCAUUCCUUUUCAUAGUCACAGUGGAUAGGAUGACAAAGGCGCAAACACUCACACACUCCUCUCUCUCUCUCUCUGCAGAAUCACAAAGGGAAUACAGGCUUUUCCUCACUGCACAUUUUUUUUUACCCCCGUUUUUUAGCUUAACUCCAACACAUCCAAACCAAGACCGAUAAUGAAGUCUUUUUAUUUCCUAAUUGCAGCUGGCUCACCCUGUAAACCCCCUGUAUCUCUUUCUCCUCGUGGCUUCCUUUAACAGUGGGAUAUCAAUAACAAGGCACAUUGUGUGUAACAUUUCCUUCCGGGACCGAGGGGAGUCCACGAGUGAGCCGCGGCAACAAGAAAAGAAAAAAGAGGCUGAGGCACAACCUCACAUCUGCACAAAUGCAGAGCCGGGCUGCAAAAAUAGGAUCUGACAGUUUUAAUUGAUUCUGUCUCAUCUGUUGUCCUGUUGUUCAAACUGUGCAUUGAAACGUGGCAGUUAGAGCAUUUUCAGCACAGCUGGAUGUUAUUUAUCUGGUAAACUCGUGGCAUUAAGCCGUUUGUUGAUGAUAACAGACAUGAAACACACGUAUUUGAGCAGAUAACCAUCCGUCUUUGCUGAAAUGCCGUGGGUUCUAUAGGAGAUUCAGCUUCACUUUAAGACGUAGUUCGUCUCAAAUGUUAAGAUGCCUUUGUGUUCAGUUUAAGUGUAAUCUUCCUUUUUGAAAUCUGCAAUGUAAAAUCUAAAAGAAAACUUUGUCUAUAAAUAGAACAAAUUGCAGAUGUGUCCAUUGUUUGCAGCCGUCUUUUAAAAGAUGACAAAAAAUUGUACAUGCUGCUGCACCAGUGAAUAUGUUGCAGCUUGACUCCUUGUUUAAAUGUUGUAUUGUUGCUUUAUUAGCCAGUGUAAUGCAUACAGUGCUGCAGCUGUGUGACACUUUUUUCUCUCUUUUUCUCUCCUAUCUGUGUGACAUCUGCUGAACUUGUCGGGUGUUUACUGGUGUAACAACUGGCGUCUUCGCUCCCCCUUCCUCACCACCUCCCCCUCCUCUUUUCUCUGCUGCUCCCUGUGCCCCCACACAAUGAAUACACUUGCAUCCCGACUACAGAACCAAUUGUCACGCUGGGAGGAAGGCAAAUCAAAUCUUACGGCAGCAACUAGGCGAGGAGAUUGCUUUUCCUCUCAGUGGCAGAGAGGCGAGGCCCGUCGUCCCUGGGCUUCAGGGUUUUUUUCACUGGAAAGAGAGGGAAGUGGGAAGGGGUGAAAAGGGGGAAAGCCACUGGGCUGCAGCAGCCGGUCAAGUCAGCGAGCCUCCCGCAGGUCAAGUCUCACCCAUUUCCUUUCCAUCUUCGCCCUCCACUCUCUUUCCCACUUCCCUCCGCACUCAUCCUGACACUACCUAUCCGUCACCCGGUGACACCAGGGACUGCUUUCCCUCCCUGCAGUCCUUAGGAUGAAACGGAACAAUAAUUACGGGGAUAGAGUGGCUCUGGCCGCCAAACCGGGGCCGCUCGGAUCACAACAACACAUUGUCCAACCUGAUUAAGGAGCCAUUUGUGGCGUCUUCGCUGUAGUUAAGCAGUCCUCAGCCUCUCGCCUGAAACUUGACCUCGCAGGGAGAUGUAUUGACAUGUCCUCCAAUUUGAGGUCAGUGAGAAAAUGUGGGGGGCAGACAUUACAUUUCUUUACAGGAAGCCUGGGCUAAUGCUUCCAAUUCUUCCUUGAGAAUAGACGCUCAUGAGUGACUCAUCAAUGCUCAAGGUUAUGCCCUCACAUGUUGGGUGUUUGUUUAUUUCUUCUGACAGUUUGAUAAAUAGAGGAAACAAGGUUAUCUCCGCUGAAUCCUUUGAUGAACGAGUCGCUGAAGAGGAAGAAACGGAGAGGCAAAAGAAUGUAAUGGUCGAGCACUAUGAAGAAUACCGCACAUUUCAGAAGUCUCCAUGUAAAAACCCAGAGAGAGAAUUGCAUUAUGGAAAGUGCGGUUCCAUUUCUGGACUAGAACAGCCUGAGAGCAGGGGCACACACCGCCUCCCGUCUUCCCCUCUCCAGGCCAUGCUCACACAGAAACCUGCCAUCCAAACCAAUUACAGGCUGCAGCCGGAGUGACAUUCUCAAGAAAUUUUCUAUCUUGUCUCUUAAAUGAAGUUUUCCCCUUGUUACUCAUGCCUUGCAUUUUCAUUAGUCUCUCUCUCUGGAUGCGCAGCCACUGUAGAAGAUGAGGCAGGUUUAUUUGGGGACCAUAGUGGAGCUAAGGUGAACGGAGGCAUACAGGAUCAGUAUUUCUGUCUUUCAGGGAGGAAUUUGUCUCCUAAACCUUUAAAAGAUGUGGCAUAAUUUAUAAAUUAACACCAUGAUAUGUGUUAAUCUGUAAUUAAAGAUUAAUCAGUGUUGCAGUAUGUUGCCACAGACAUUACCUUUGAUAUUUAAUGGAGUCAAACUGAACAGGAGAAGAGAAGUCGGGGGGAAAUAACAACAGAACAAAUGUGGCGCGCCCCAAAUUGAAGGCUAAUAAUAAAAUGUUAAUGAAAUUCCUUUUAUAAAUUAUCUUCUGUAUAAUAAUGAGUGAAGUUUAAUUAGGGCUAAAUGGUAAAAAAGAAGGCGCAAUGAUGCUAACCUUCAGCGCAAACACAUUGCAUCAUAAUUUAGUGAUCCCAGUCAGAAGCUUGCCCUUGUUUAGUUGCUAAUCAUUGUACAAUUUUCCUGCAGAAAUAAUUAGAAGUAAAGGUGGUGGGAUGGCAAACAAACGCUUAUCUGCUAAUUAUUGAAGGCAGACCUUUGCACUUUCUGAAUACCGGAGGAUAACUUCAGCUCUGACGCACACGAGUUCCUCAAAGUUUGAGGAAGUUCAAGAGAAAAUCAGUCAGACAUGAAUGUGUAGAGAUAUAAAAAAACGAAAAACAAACAAGAGCGUGUUUUUUGGUUGCAUUAACACGCUCUUAAAUAUUUCAUAGGUCACAGGAGCUAUUUGCCAGAGGUAAACACCACACACCGCCUUCUAUGAUCUGACUGCAUCCCUUUUAUUUAUUCAUGCGUGUAUUUCUUUAUUUCAAAAGACAUCCAGAGAUGACUUGGGUUAUGAAGUUUGACAUUUCCUCUGCUGCCCCCACCCUCGCCGCUUGAGCUCUGCGGCAUAGCUGUUUUGCGGAGAUGCUGAAAAAGUUCGAAAUGUUCAACCCCAUUAGGAUCCAAUGAGGGGAGUGGGGAGGGUGUUUUUUUUUAGCUGAAUCUAUUGAGUGACAGCUGCUGCUUCCUCAUCAGCAGGCCUGAGUCAUAUGUGUAGCUCUCUGCCUAAUCAGUGUUCAUGCUCCUGUAUUAACCUUUCUUAUCAUGAGGGUGACUCUUUUUCAACAGGGCUUUGAUAUUCGUAAUGUAGACUCCCCCUCGGAAGUCGGCCAUUGACACGUAGCUUCUAUUGAGAUACUGUAUCUAUGUUGGGGGAAUUUUAAGUGAAGCCUCUGCUUUCAUUUUGCAGCGAACACCUGCAUCUUAUCAAACUGUGUCGAAAGAGUCAUAUCUUAGCUUUUCGCAGGACUGGAAGAAGUCCUUUGAGAGGCUUUGAUACCCUUUGACAUCUUACCCAGCGUGGGGAGAUGUUUUGCAGGCGCAGGAGGGGAGCAUCCUGUUCUGUGUACUCUUACUCCUCUGUCCAUGUGCUCUUACUCUUCUCCCUGCUAAAUAAACGUUGGGGGAAAAAAAUGAAUGUAGGAUGCCUUUGAACUGUGUUCACUAAUGUGGGUCAGAGAUCUAUCGUAUGCAUAUUCUGAAAGCCUUUUCAUCUACAAUUGCAGAGUUAAGAAUCCCUCGGUACACUCCUAAUUUCUUCUACUUUUUCUUGCAGUUAUUUAUUUAAUAUCUUCCCACAUUAAUGUCUCCUCAAACGUGGUAGAAAGUGAAGAGUUCAGGGGAGAAUAAAGGAAAACUUUUCCUCUCCCUCUGUUUGCAUGAUCGUCUGUCCGCCCUAAUGACUCCAUUUUAAAGACUGACCGGCAGCAGAGGGGAAGGGAGCGAGGGAAGCGGGUGAAGAGGAGAGGAGAGGCUGCGUGCGCUCACUGCAGUGCACUCUCUCAACUCCCAGUCAUCCUCUCUGUGUGUGUGCUUUGAAAGAGAAUAGGAUUCAGGCCUUUGAAAGCCCGGGCUGCUCACCGGGGCCUUUGUGUAAAAUAACAUUUCCACUGAAAGCCAAUUACGAGCUAACAUUAUUUUGGUUGCACUCAUUGUUAAAAGUACCUUUCUCUCUCUGUUUGCCCCCCCAUCAUCCUUCAACCACAACCCCACCCCCCUCCCACCUCCUCCCCUUUCUUACAGACGGAGAAUUACUCCAUUGACUCCAGUUAUGUGAACAGCAGAGCCCACCUCAUUAAAAGGUAUGUGUUGAUUAGGAAUUGUUACUAGCACCUCGUUACCAUUGUUAUCUGUAAUUGUUUUAUCUAAUGAGCGCACAGCUAUACCACCGCUGCAUUUGUUCCUGCAUGUUCCCUCAUUCAGUGUAAUUGCAAUGGGAGGAUAAGAUUUGGGGGGAUGAAUGGAAUUCCUCCAUAAUGCGUUUAGUGGACUAAACGUAGAAUUGUUGAAACGAGGCACAAACUCAUACUCUCAGAUUAUAAGAGUACACGGAGCCGCAGAAAGCACGAGCCAGUGGUGUUUUUGCACAUUUAAAGAUAACCUUAUUAUUUUUCUGUAACUGGGUUUAUUAGCAGAUUUGUGGCUUGAUCAGGUUAAAACAAAUACUCAAUGAAUGGUUGGUAUUUUAGAGAACUAGAAAGGGAAUUUGGCUCCGUUUCCCAAGACUGCAGUUCAAAGAAUCCCUAAUCAUUUGGCUUUUUCUUGGCGUAGGAAGAGAGGGGUAAAUGUUUUCCUUGUUCUUUAUUUUUCAGCCCACCUGAACCAGGAUAUCAGAUAGGGUUGUGGGAAUGCAGGGUUUGCAGGGGGGUCAAAUUAUAAUUGCCUCCAGCCAUUGAGGUUUUCUUCACCAUGGCUCACUUGGAAGAAACUACAAUAAUCCCCUUUUUACCUACAGCCAUGGAUCAUUCCAGCCUUUCUCUUUUGUUUGAGGCCAUGCUAGCUCCUUUCAAAACCCAUUAUGGCAAUUUCCCCCCCAAAAGAUUCCCCUGCAUUAAUGUAAACAAAGAGCAUUCAAGUGUGGGGUGCCUUCUGCAGCACACUACAAAGAAAUCCCCUCAGGAGCCGGGGAGCCUAUGGUCUGGGACAGGUGCAAUUACAGUGAUAACAUCAGAGAGCCAGCAUUACCUGCAGUCCUCUCUCCCAGGCUGCUGAAUGUGGGGCUUUGGCUGGGGAAUGCAGCUACCUUGUACUGUCCUUCACUUCCUCUACCUUCCUUUUUGUUUGCCCAUGAUUGUUUACUCUCAUUUUCUCUCCUUUCUAACCCCUCUGCUCCCCUUAAAGGAACUCAUUCCUAUACUUUUUCCUCUUCCUGCAGGAACACAUGUUCAUAUAUUCACCCCUAUUUAGUGUUGUUUGUAAAGCAGAAUUUGUUCCAGUGGGAUGGAAAUCAAAUGAAGGGAAAUCACGCUGUUAGUGUGCAGCUGUUGAUUGUAGCCCCCUCCUUCUCCCCCAUAUCCACCCUCUUUAUUGACUGUGAGCCCCAAACAAGACAGAUGCUCAGUUUGUAUGCUUCCAGCGUUUCCUACAUCCAUCUUCCUUCCAGGAAUUCCUGAUUACUGCUGUAUUUGUUUGAUUGUAGUGAGUGAGUGAGUGCCUCCUGUUUGUUCAGUGCGAUGUCCUUGAAGUCAAUGCAUCCAUCCAAGAAUGUCCCCCGCCUGAGACAGCCCGUAGCUGCUUUGCUAUCUGUGAAGUAAAGAGAUGUACUCUUAAUCCAAAAAAGGGCUCGCUUAAACUUCCUGAUUACUGUUAGCGUAGAAGCUCCAGGACGGCUUUGUUCUCUGCAAAAGUGGCGCAUUGAAGUAAGACUCGCAUCAACAAGGAAAAACGGUCUCCCUCUGAUUUUUAUUUGUAGAAAUGCUCGAUGCAAAACAGCGACAAAUUCACAGGACAGUAGAGAGACAAACGGAGAGCUCGUGACUUUAAAAACAAAACAAAAAAAGAUUGCAUACGAGAAAAGGUGAUGUGACAGUUAAUCAACAUUUCCCUCUCCCACCUCCUGGCCCCCAUGUAGCACAUCGACAUUCAAGGACCUGGAGGGGAACAGUCUGAAGGACAGCGGGCAUGAGGAGAGUGACCAGACCGACAGUGAACACGACGUCCAGAGAGGACACUAUGUUGACACGGCUGUCAAUGAUGUGCUGAACAUGACCGUGCCCCCUAAUGUUUGCCAGCUGCCAGACCAAGGUAAGAAAACCUGAGCGUGUGUGCGCCGUGUGUGUUCAGAGGAUUGCUGCGUCCUUUGGAGAGUGUUUUGCCAUUUUCGAGAUAAGCCCGGCCUGCGUUUGAAUGGGUCUGUUUGUCUGCCACAGGAGCAUCUUUUAAGGUGCAUUACCAGCUUCAGAUGUGCAAGUAUGAAUAACAGCACAGUUUUUUUUGUCUUUGAAGUCUCACAAGAGCAGCUAAUGUGCAAGAUCUCUGACAGCUAAGGCUCCUCUUUGAUACUGGCUUAGGCAACAUUAUUGACUGAUAGUAGCCAUGUCUGCUCUUGAAGUGCGCCCGACUUCAGAUGUGCCUGAAUGGCAGCAAUUAGGCUCACAAAGGUAGAAGGUGGAAAUCUACAUAUCUCCACAUGCCCUCAUCCAUUAUUCAACGGGAUCAUUUAGCGGGGAAUUAAUGUUGAUGUUUCAUUCCUGACUCACCGUUUAAAAAGACAUCCACUUGGUUGGCAGAAGUCAGCGUAAAGGGUCGUGUUCAUUCUUAACUGCUGCCAGUCAGUCAGAGCAAAAAGGGAGAGAGUGGGUCAGCGAGAGAAGGAGAAAGUGGGGAAGAAGCAGGAGAGAGUUGUCUGGAGCAGGCUGGGAUGACACCGUAUGCACCUAAGGGUGUUUACCAAGCUCAGAGGAAGCGCCGCAUGCACAGGUGCUAGAGCUCAGCAGAGCACCAGAGGCAAACCGUGUGGAAAUUGCAGACAUUUUUAAGGAUGACUCACAUUAGCAAUUUCAUUUGGAGUGUGGAGGAAAACACUGGACAGUCCUUUUGAAAAAGCACACUCUUGUGAACAGCACUUUUAGAGAUCACUCAAGGUAUCCAAAGUGGACAUUUUAGGAACUUUGUGACCAAUUUGUUUUUUUCUCGCUUUGUAAAUUUCACUCUAUUUCUCCCAACGCUGCCCCAGUACUUCUAUCAGCGUCCUCCCUGCUUCCUUUUUUCCUCCUCAGCUUGCACAGACGAGAAAUUUUAAUGAGGGAAAAGAUAACGAAAAGGAAUCCCACACUAUAAAAAUGCAUAGAGGACUGAAGAUUAUAUGUGUGUGUGUGUGUUUUUUAAAAUAAAUAAUUCAUCUAUUUUUAUCAGCACACUGUGAAGUGUGUGGGUGCGGCUGAAGAAGCAGGAACAGACAUGUGUAGGCUCUGGAGUUGGCAGAUUUGACUAACCAGAUGCUUCACGUGGAGCAAUCUGCCCGUUGAUGUUGUUCGACUGGAAGAUAAUAACAUUAGGCAACCUGCUCUUUAUGUUAAUCCAGAAUGGAGUCAUACGAUAUGGCUUCAUGGCCGCUCGCCCGCGUACUGUAAUGAAUUAGCUGAGACGUUUAUGGGGGUCAGGAGGUAUGGUGACCGUUAGAAUCAACUGCAUGUCCCCUCGGCAGCAACAGACUGUAAUGAACAAUGAAAAGUGAAUUUGCUGACUGUUGGUUGCCAGCUGAAAUUACCUUGCAAGCGGUCGGGGAAAAAAAAAAUAAUACGCCUUUAAAUAAUAAAAAAAUGCACGCUGACAGGUCUUCUAGUGGCGGCAUCUCAUUAUUGGAGACAAUUAGAGAUGAUGUACAUGAAGAAUAUUACAAGUGGGGGUGGGGGUGGAGGCACUCUGAGGCGGUGCUUUUUUCAUUAACACCACCAAUGAUUGUAUCUGUUUCAGCAAAAUGGAGGCUCGUCUGCUGAAUGUGUAAUGCAGCAACACAUUGGCAGUAAACAGAAAACAAGAGGCUAUUUCACAGUGCUGUCCAUUCUUUUGACCAGAACGAAUAGAUGAUAACAAAAGGAUCUGUUUGGAAUUACAAUUAGGUGGUUUGUUAUUGGCUUUUCUCUUCAUCUUGGCCUGCAGUUUUCCUCCCUUUAAACCCAACGAAAUGGCUCCUUUUGAAACACUUCCUCCGAACAGAAGGAGGAAGUGGUCACUCAUGAGAGUAAUGAGAAGCUGCUUAUUAAAUGAGCUGACGAUUCGGACACAUGCAGAAAUGUUACAAAACAGUGAAUUAAAUAUUCCCCCCACUUCCAUUUUGAUGGUUAAACAGGCGUGCGGAGAUGAGGAGGUUCAGUGUGGCUCGCUUUGGUCUGUCUCUACAGAUGUGUCUCAAUAGUCAAGUCCUGGAGUCAAACUUAAGUGCUGCUUUGUGGUGCAUGUGACUCGAUUGUCAGUACAGCACAGAUGACUUAAAUCUGAUUUAGACCCGGACUCAAGCUCUGAUUGCGUUACAACCAUAGACUGUAGGUACUAUGGACAACUUUGUACAGUAACUACAUGUCAACAUCGCAAGCAGGGGGGAGAAAAAUUUAUAUCCUGGGUAAUUAAUUUCUAAAGUUUGUCCACAACCCCAUAGGGAUUGCUGGAGGAGGCGGGAUUUAUGACCUAUACUGCAGCCUGUCACCAGAGGGUGCUGUUCCCGUGGUGGCUUCACCUAGCAAGGAGGCAGACGGCGUCCAUUCUGUAUCGUCACCCUAUUGAAAUAAUGGCAUAAGUCAUUUUUGGGGACAUUGAGUUUUUGGCCGAAAUAAUCUCUUGAGCUGAUUUAGAGAUGAUUUAGGCCAAAAACUCAUUUUCGUCAAAAAUGACUCAUUGUUUCAAUAGGGUGACGUUAUACAGUCUGUGGUUACAGUAUAUCAGAUGAAGGAGUGGACACGAGCUGUCAUGUUAACAACAGUAACAACCAGAAUCUUACUCUUAAAUCUGGUUUGGGCACUCCCAAUAAUGCUUAAAUUAGCCUACUUAGAUUGCUGAUAGCGUUACGUAUCAAUAGCAGCAUGAAUUUGUGCAUUACUCUGAUGAAGUAGUGAAACAUAAACACCCUCCUGAGUCUGCACCAGAGUUAGAAGGCAGUGAAAUAUAUAUUUAGUGUUUAUAUCAUAGCAGGCCUGAAUGCAGGUCAAGUCACAGACUCUGUUAUCCCAAGUUUAGCCAUGUUUUAAGUCAGUUAUGCUCAUUUUCUGUGCGUUUUAUGGUAAUGAGGACUGACGACUGGACUUGGGCCCAACAGCUGGUAACUCAAUAAUAACACUGCUCUAAAUCGAAUCUUCUGAUUUAUACUGUCUAACUCUAACUCUAUGUUCCCCUGCUUGCUUUCCCCUAUGCGCCUCGAGUAUAAGAAGGCAGAAACAGAAAAGCGGAGGCUUGUAUAAUCUGAGAACUGCAGUGGUUACAGUCAUGUGACAGCAGCGGUUUCUCUUUGAGCUCGUCUGUCUUAAUUGACAAAAAGUGGACACUAUCUCCUAGUCCUAUUGGGCGGGUGGAGGGGAAUUGUCAGAAAACAAAUAGGCUUGUUCACUAAACACCCUGCUGCUGAGAUGUCUUCUGGGAGUCUCUGUGUUGUACAGUACGCCUCUCCUGCCAGCUAAAGCAGAAAACAAGUCGAGAGACUGCAAUUGCCAAAGGACAUCAAACACACGCAUACCAGCUGAGGGGAGAGGAGCCUUGUAUUUUUGUGUGUGUGCUUUUUUUCUUAUUGUUCUGUUUUCUUGUGCUGAUAAGUGCUGAGUACAAAAGGAAGCUAGUAGAAGGGGGAAGGAGGAAGGGUUAAACUCUCAGGCUUUUACAGUGCAAAUGUUUACCAUUCCCACUGUUGUAUAAAAGGUGUCGUUUGCCCAGGAGACAAGCCAUUGCCUUUUACACAAAGAACCUGUAUCCACGUCAUGUUGUUGGCUUUUUUACGGGAACCCCUUUGUGUGUGAUGAGAUGCAGCUGCUGACAAACCACACAGAGGGAUUCUGUAUCAGCGUGGUUGUUUGAUAUAUAGUUUUUUUAAUGGUUACAAUCCUGCUGUUACAGAUUUUAACAACAGCCGAGUGCUUAAGAAGAGAUUUUUGACUUAAAUCUGCCUCUUCUUUGUUGGAUCUUUGCCAGAAAUCUUAAGAGGUGUGUGUGUGUGAGCGAGAGAGCGAGAGUGUGUGUGUGCUCUUUUUAAAAAAGCCUGACCUGAAACCUCCUCACCCAGUGGAUUAGAUUCAGGGAAGUAUCUGAAGAACAAAUUACAUUAAAUCUCUUCAAAUCUGUAAAAGGAGGGCUAUCUUAAACAUGUAAUGGCUCCCUCACAUCUGCCAAUAGAAUAAAAAUGGAUGAUAUGGCUUUAACUAAAACCAAGAGAGGACGAGGAGCUAUAUAAAAUGAAUCCUUCUUUAUCUUUAUAGGCAUGUCUGUGAAGUUAGAGGGGGGAUUUGGUUGAAAUGUGCGACAUGCUAGCUUUGGCUCCGCAGAACCAUUAGUGUCAAGGGAGAAGCCAGGGAACAGACUCGGAGGAGGAUGGUGACAAAGAGAGCGAAAUCUAUUUUUUUUCAACUUCCCUUUGAUUGUCAUAGCUCACACUUUAAUUCCUCUCGGAUAUGGAUGAGCCAUGGUUUUCAGGGAUUAAGAUUCAUGUAUUGUUAAAUCACUCGAGUUAUCUCCGCAGGAGGGUGAGAAAGGGAGAGUAUGAUGUCGUUGAACAGUGUCCGAUUUGUGGGUUUCGAGGUUUGUGCUCUUCGUUUUAGGAUUAUUACCGGGUCAAUAUGUAAGAGUUAGGAAAUAAAAGCCCCUUCCUUUUGGUUUAUUAGGCUCAAAGGGAUCCAAGACUGCUCAAUUAGCCGGAGCAGGGAACAGGCCUCUUUUAUUUCUGACACAUUCCUUGGCCUCCACCUCUGGAGAAUAUCUCUCAUCUAUCUUCUCGCUCCCUGUGGGUGUGUGCCUGAAGCUGCAGCCCAGGAAUGGAAGCCCCCCUCUGUGGGUCGCAGACUUCUACAAAUUCCCUUCUUCCAUCAGCAGAUCCGUAGGGUCCCGCUGUUCCUAAUUGAUUUCAUCCCUCCCCCCUUUUAAUUUCUGUCCUUUUCUUUCCAUACGUCAUCUUUCUCUGGCUGCAAACAUCUCCCAACUUUGUGCCACUCAAGCAGUUCCAACCCCUCCUCUCUCUCUCCCCCACCCCUGUUGAAUUAAAGACAGAGUAAAAGCAAGCUCACAUGUUUCUGCUGCAAACUUGCCCUAAAUUCAACACGGGGAACAUUUUGAGUUUGCAGUCCUCUGAUCUACUAACAAAAAUGCUGACAGGUGUCAGAAUGAGGAAGGCAACAGGAACAGGGCCGUGCUGCUGACAACACGAGAGAGGGAGAGGGAGAGGGAGAGGGGCUGCAUAUAAGGGAGACAGAGAUGGAGAGACGAGCUGAGAGUCUAGUAAGCAGUCUUAGUGAGGGGGAAAUUAGAGGAAAAAAAAUCUGAAAAGAGGAAACUAUCUCUCUGACAGGUAGUUUUUUUCCCCCCUCCUCAUAUUCUCUCUCUCUCUGUGUUAACCUGCCAGAGGAUUUGACUGAUUAUCAAACAACAUUUGAUUAAAUUACGCACCAAAACUCUUCUUGUGAUCCAGCACUGGCAACAACACAUGUUGGGCUAUGAUGUCUUAUGAUUAGAUUAACACACAAACUCCAUACUGGGGCCAUCCAUUUUGAUUUGGAUUUGUCUAAUCUAAUGUGUAACCCAUGGUAGAGGUAAAAUGGCUGACAGUGACAAAGAGCUUAGUGCAAUUCGAGCAAUAAGGAAGACAGAGUGCACGCAUACACACACACUGCAGGCUCAAACACACCAGAGGAUGCUCGCAAGCAGGUGUGAUGGAGUCUGUAAUGAACAACAAGGAUGCAGAUUUUGCCUCUGAGACGUGGAGACUUGAGGAAGUCAAAAAAAAAGAGAAUAUAACGUUGUUUCAAGCUGUGUCCAUCUGUGCUCGGCUCUUUAAUUGUCUCUGAAUGAAACUGUGCGAUGCAGUGAGAUCUCUCGGUGUAUUUUACCAAAAGUGCUUUUAAUGUAAUCAGACAAAGGCAGCCGAUAUGGAUACUGCAACUUGAAGAGCGGACGAGAGAUAUGUAUUGCUUCUAGCGACGAUGUUUUCUAGCUGUCUCUUCCUUUAUAGAGUAAAUAAUACAGAAAGUAAACCAGCUUCUGCACUCACUCCACUGCUUUUAUGUAUGUUCUAAAUUUAAAGAAAUUGGCAGCGGCCUCUUGGUUCUGUUUGUUUGCAGUUCUUACGCGAGUAAACCAAUAUAUUCUUUUAAAAAAUCAUCGGAGCUCCCGUCCCUUCAGUUCUUUAGUUAAUCCCAGGAGGGACUAAGUUACGGGAUGUGAAGAAAGACUUAAACAAACUUGACAUGUUUUGAUUCUCCGUUAAGGUUUUACAAGCAUCGCCCCUAGCUGCUCUUCCUCAGCCGGCGCAGACACAAACAAAAAAUGCAUCCAAAUGGGUUUUUCUUCUUCUCCAGCCUAGACUGAAAACAUAUAGUAAUGUUAUAAUACUAUAAUAGCAUCUCCCGAACCCGCGUUCUGCCAAAGCCCUCCUGAAUAUACCCAGUGUAUUUAAUCAGCUCAAGAGGGGACUGCUUAUCUCUCUGCACUUGUCAUGGAUAGCGUAUUGAACAUAUCAGAGAGAGAAAUGGGAAUAGUUCAUUAUUUUCUAGGGCUCACAAUGAGCCUGAUGUAUCUCAUUGCAGGCCCUCCACUGACAGCUCAUUUUCUAGACAAUCCUGGCAUUCAGUUCACAACGCGGCAGGGCAAGAGAGAGCAACAGAAAGAGAGAGAGAGAGAGAGAGAGAGAGAGAAAGAGAGGAGGAAACAGACAGAGGGAGAAAAUAGGGCUUCGGAUCUCCAUUGCUUAUUCAUGGCGCUAUGGCAUGCUAGGUGUGUUAAUAAUCUCCGCAGAAACCAAGUGAAUCACAGUUGUUUGUUGAACACCUAGCCAAGCUGAGGCCCAAUUGACAGCAGAUGGGAAAACAGGGGGAUCAGGAUGAUCCCAGACAGAGGGAGGAAGAUUAAGAACAGGUAAUGUGCUGGAGUUGAUGGGGGCCGAGUGUGUAUUAAAGAGAGAGGAGGGUCUGUGAAUUUUAAAUCUGCCUGAGAGAGUGUGUGUGUACACAGUGUGAGGAGUGUGUGUGGCUGUAGGUUAAUCAGAAAAGCAGGAGGAAAGAAAGAGGGAGAGAAAAGAAGAUAGCACAAGUGAGAGGGAUUUAUUGGUAGGAGGGCAAUGGAGUGAAAUUUGAGCAGCAGAGUUUCAGCGAUGUCUCCGGCCUGCUCACCUUUGCGGCUCUGAUUGAUUCGUACUUCUUGUUGAGGGAAAGAGGCAGCAGCCAUUUUUUCCUAACCGCACCUUCGAGUUUUAAUUCUUUGAGGUCAAAGUGUGGGCACAACCCUGUCUGCACUGGCAUACAGAACAAGGUAGUACAAGAACAAGCCCUAUGAACAGAGGUUUGUUUUGGUAGAUAUAAUAAGAUAUUUUUAAUCAUUGAUUUUUAAGUUAACACUCACCGCGAGGUCCUAUCCUAACAGCCCUGCCUACAAUAGUAUCUCGUACUGUUUAGUGAAAUAGAAAAGCUCACCUCUGCCAUACUGUUAAUGGGAUAAGAUCUCGAACUACCAGUUUGGCUUGCCGCCAUCAAUUCUAUCUUAACUCGAUUUACAUUUAGCGGCGAUAAUCUUAUCUUUGUGUAAUGAGAGGUUAACAAAGCCUCCUCUUCCAUGUUGCUCCUUAUUUACGUCCUUCCCACACAUAAACAGGGAAAGUGCAGAGGCUGCACCACACACACACACAUUGUAUACGGUAACAAUAGAAAACACAGUGAAGCAGUGGGAUAUUCUUUAAAGGUUUUAAUACACUGUUUGUUUCUUGAAUGUGGAAGUCUGCAGGGGGAGGCAGCCUUGCUAGAAAUAAGGCUCAUAACACUGAAGCGCUUUUUCUUUCUUCUCUCUAACUGGCAGUCAUUCUUCAUCUCUUCCUGUGCUUUAUGCUACUGAAAACACGACUUUUUAAAUCUUUGAACUCUCUCAAAAACCAAACUAAGACAUGUUUUCUAAUCUUAUUCCUGGAAAAUGCAUUUCCACAUGUAAACAGAUUACUUUUAGCCAUAAUCUGAAGGGGUUUUGGGGGACGCAGGGCAAAAUAUGUAAUCCCAGCAGAAGAGGUUUUGGAUAAGAAAAAAAACAGCACUAGCGACAGUUUUGAUUUGUUUUUUCAUUUAUUCUAACAUCUUCUUAUUGUAAAACAGUAACUGUUGUGUCAGCUUCUAACUGAGAAUGAUUUAAAAAUUAAUUCCCAAGGAUGCUCCAGAUAUUAAAUGUCUUUUUGUUGAUUCAAGAGCUCUUGACUUUCGCAGUAACUCUUGUUGCUGCCGGUUAGGAAAGAGAAACCUUUAUACAUUUACAGACUGGUGUAUUGGCUUAUCCACGGGGCAAAUAGCAACAACACGUCAACACCUGCCAGUCAAAUCAAUCCCCACCCCUAAGUAUGCCGAGUUAUAUUUAAAUCUUAGUGAGGGAAUUUAAAACAUAAUUGUCCGCACAGUUGUUGCACAGAAUGACAUGAGAUAUUGAGACAAAACCAAGCUGUAAAGAUGUUUAAUUCUCCUGCGGAUGUAGGUUUUGUGAGCAUUUGUCCUCUGCCGGUUUCUGGAAGUUGCUUUUUAUGACUCUGCUUGUGGAAUAUGUCAAACACUGAUUAGCUGUUGUUGUCUGUGCAGUCUGUGUGCUGAGCAGUAAAAAGCCAUCAGCAUCACUCUGCCACAGACCUUCUCCUGCUUCUCUGCUUGCAACUUGAAUCCCUCCCCAAACCCCUUAAUCCAGCUUUCCAAAGGCACAUCAGCCUUGUUGCUGAAAUGCUACUUCUUUGGACUGCUAGCGUGUGGAGUAAACACACAGAUGAGGACAUGCUAUACACAUAGACUAACUCAAAGGAGCCUCAGUGUGUGGCUUGGAAGUGGGCACCGAGUGACUGCCAAAGCCAGGCUUGUAUUACAGGGAUCCCAGGAUAUCAGACACCAGGCGGCCUGUGCUCCCUUCAGGCAGGGCCGAGUCUGGCAGCUGGCCGGGAGCCCAGAUAGCUAUAAUCAGCUCCAUUACCUGUAGCACCGACUCCCAUUUAUGAGCCCUCAUAGUGGGAACCUGGCUAUACUGUGGGGCUUAAGGAUGCUGUGAAGUUUUGAGUAUAUAUAUAGCAUGCAGUUGCACAUGCUAUAGCAACACCUGCAUACAGAAGCACGAUCAUGACAUGUAACAUAAACAUGUAGGGGAUGGGGAGAGAUUUUCUGGGCAUUAUGCAUCUUGGCAUGCCGCAUUUGUUUUAUCUUCUCCCUUGGUGAAAGGGAAAAGAUUAUGAAUAUACUCCGCUCUGUUUAAGGGGAAAAUCAGCUGUCUUCUGACAAGUACAUUGUAGCCCGCAGUUUUCUGUCCGGAAUACAAAGAGACAUUUAUCACUGCAGCUGGGAUGAGGGAGGAAGCAAGUAAGAGAGAGAAAUAGAGAUAGUGAGAGAGAGAGAAAGAGAGAGAGAGGGGAUCUCCUGUGCUGCAGAAAUGUUCUUUUUUUUAACCCCAUUACUUCUCGCUCUGUGUGCAAAACCUCCCCAUCCUUUUAAUGCAUCUGAGAUUCAGUUUUUCUUUCAUUUCAAUGCUUUGUCAUCCCUGCCUGCGUGUUUUUUUUUUUUUUAUCUUUGCUCUCAUCCCCUUGUUUCACCUGACAACAUUAUCCCUCUGAUGGAAUAUGUAGCAGGAAUAUGUAAAGUUAUAUCGCCCUCCUCAGUUGCACCAACAAAAGGUUACUACCUCAGGCGUAGUGCUGUAAUAUUUCCAUAUCCUGCUCUCCUCAUGUAUAUUCAGUGGAAUAAUUUAUUCUGUAGCAUUUUACAGUUGUGAAAUGCAGGAUUUCUCACACACAGACCUUGAAUAUAUACUGUAAAACAUAACAUGGCAGGUUGUACUCUUUGCAUUUGUACUCAGCACAAGUAUACCAGAGGUUAAAGAGAAGUCAUCCAAAUCACCCCUGUCAUUACUAUCUUUCAUUCACCAAUUUGUGUCAGUGUUCCCCCCCCUGCCCUCUACGUAACCUUGCAAGGAUGAGCUCACUGCGUUGUAAUUUCACAAUUUUGAGAAGGUCUCAAUGGUGGGAGGAACAAUGUGACUGCUGCUGACCCAGAUUAUAAACUAUUGAUGAGAGAGUGAAGACUAUGUAACAGAGAGGAGGGACCUGCUGAUGUGUAUAUGUGUGUGUGUUCAUGUAUGUGGGUGUAUGUGGAUGCAGGGAGCCUCCCCCCCAAACAUUCCUUGACCUUUUGGUCCAUGAAAGAUCCUGUUUGGAUUUUGUCUGUCAGCAUGUCUUCAUAUACUGGAGUCUGUGGAACCUCUGUGCUCAGUCUAUCCUUUUUUCAAGCACUGAUUUACCUCAAAGUGAAGCCAAACUGAAAAGGCUUUGUAUUGUUUGACCUUUUGUACACAAUAGUAGGAAACAAACUUUGCUAAAUAAGGAUUGGAUUUUGUUGUGACUAUGCUUUAGUUUGAAAUAGGACAAAAUGAUAUUACAAAGACAUCUUAUCUUUCUAACUGAUGCAGUGAACGAAUUGCCGGCAUCAAGGUUUAGUACUAGGGGUGGGAAUUACGAGCUGCCCCACAGUAUGAUAUUAUCACGAUACCUGGGCCACGAUACAAUAUUAUUGCGAUUUUUAACAUUUUGCAAUACAGUGAGUAUUGCGAUACAAUAUAUUGCGAUCGAUACAAUCUUUUCAACUGUUAAGCUAAUUUAGCAUUUGGCCUUCCUUUAUGUUUGUCUUAUUUAUGCUGUAUUUUAUUUUCAUGUAGCACAUCUUGCAAACUUGCUGUAUCGAUUUUUUUCUCCCACCCUUAUUUAGUACUGUGUCUUAUCUUAUCAAAUUGCAUCAUAUCCUAGAAAAAGUCCCUUAUUAUCCUAGAUUACUGAUGCUCUAUGUGUGUUAUGUAGCUUGACAAAAAUACAGCGCUAGCUAACAACGCAGAACUAUCAUCUAAAACCAGCGCAGAGAUUUGAUAACAGCAGCCUUCCCGAGUGGGUCAUCCAUACAAGAUAUUUACAUUGUGUGGUUAUAUUUUGCAGGGCUGCCAAGUUUCAGAAGAUGACAAGAGUGAGACUUAAGCGUUAUAAUGCGUCGGCGGCAAAACAUUUUUUCCCUUUUUUAAGAUAGAUUUAUACCUUAAGACUGAUGUCCUAGUUACCUACUGUCCGCCUUCAGUAGAGCAGGUGUACGUCGAGUAGGUUUUGAAUGUCAGCGCUGUUGUGUGUGAAAGAGACGCCAAGACCCGCCGCACGUUGCUUCUUGCGUGGUGCCUUCCGUCUUGGUUAGAUUUAGGCCAAAGGACUGAUGGAUUGGUCUGGGGUUGAUUAUCUCAGUCAGUCAAUCAGAGUGACUCGAACUAUGGAAAGCCAGGUUUAUUAUCAUGAAAAACAUAAAUACAGAGUAUUGAAUGGGGAGAUGUAAGCGUGAGAAAUGUCAAGUGUGGUGUGUGGUGUGAGAAUGAGUCAAAUUGCGUGACUGUCACACUCAAAGCAUGUGACGCUUGGCAGCUCUGUAUUUGUAUGAUCCGUCACCUGGAUUGUAGCUUUCUCCUUACUACUGAGGUGCUGCACUGAGUGUCACAUGUAUUUCAUCUCUGCAGAGCCAGGCAGAUAUCAGUCAAAACCUGUAUUAUCACUUGUAAAGUGAUAAAUCAGCUGUUUUGGGGGUGGUCACAAAAGUCUCUUUCAGAUUUGAUGGAUAAUGGAGAACUCUCUUUUUUUUUUAAUCUGAAUGCUUUGAAACUAUAAUUCUGUCAUAGAGACUCUACUGUGUUUCACUUCCUCUUGUAGAAGUCCAGUAGCCUUAAGUGAGCGUGUAUUAAUGUAACUUGAGAUGAAUAAAGAUUAAAAGUGAACAUAGCAUGGAAUAUACAUUGCAUUUCCUGGUCAAUAUGCUUGCAUGUUUUAUGCACACACUGUAAAGAACACAUAGUUUUCUGCCUCUUUCGUCUUGUGUGCAUGUGUGAGAAGGUCAGCUGCUGAACAGGAAGCAGAGUUAUGUUUCUGCGCUGUGGCGUCGCUGGCGGUGUUGGAUAAUCAAAUUAGAGUAACUUCAUCAACAUUAAACACAUAAUUCACCAGAGCCCUUCUUUUUGUGUUGUGCUGCUAACAUUACUUCCUUAAGGCUACAGCACAUAUUUAUGGGCAUUAGGGUAAUUAUCAUAUCACAUUAGUAUAUUAUGUGAAAUCGGGUCAAUGUGAACCAUGAAAAUACUACAUGAAGUGUUACAUUUAUCUGAUUUAGUAUACAAAGACUCAUACUUUCGCCUGAUUUAAGGAGGUUUUACUGUUGUUCUUUUCAUGCACGAUUGUCUGGAGGACAAGAUUCACUCCGUGGUUGCAUGUUGGCGGCCCAAUGUGACUUUUCAAACCUCUCUGUCCCCCACCUCUUUAAAGGGGAGGAUAAAAGGUAAUGGGAGAGGUUGGCUGUUAAGUUUAAUGGCAGACAGGAAAGUCUCCGAAUGGCUCUUUUUAAUGAUGUGCCUGUUCUCCUGCAGUCCUUGUUAAAGACAGAGCCAGGAUGCAUGCAGAGGACAGAGAGGAGGGGGUAGGGGAGGGUAUGUGGCCAGUCCUUGUGCUACCCCACAACAUCUCUAAGAACCAACAGCGGGGGUCCCAGGCUCUUUUGUGUGCUCUCCGGCACAUCAUCCUGCGCUGCUUCUGCAUUCAGCUCACAUUAGCCUCAGAAAAUAAAUAACGCAAGCAAUCAGACUGUGACCUCUUAUAUCCUGCCAGCCCCCUACCCUCACUCCAUCUUCCUCCACCACCACCUCCUCUUCUUCUCCUUCCUCUUCAUCUUCUUCUUCUUCAUCGCUGCACUCUGCAUGGGUUCAACCAGCUUGGAUUAGCGACUGAAUGUCAAGCUCAGUGUUUGGCUUAACCACAGGGCAGGUUGUUCCUCCAGAGAAAAAGGGAGCUGGAGGAUGGUGAGGAGCGAGGGAAUUGGAUCUUUGACACCUGUCACUUCCACUCUGCUGCACCUUGCUCCCCUCACCACACAUAAGGACUUUUCAUGUCACAGCUCAGCAUGUUAUCAUGAGUGGGCACCAGGCCUGAGAAAUCCAAUUACUACCACUGUGUCAGACCCCCAUCAUCAUCCUUAUGUAUGCUACACUCAUGUUCUUUAAAUCAGAGACGAUGUGCCUGUUAGUUCCUUCUCUUUUCUUCAGACUCAGUCUCCCACCUCCAUUUCAAUCUGUGUGUCUUAGAUACCACUGCUUUCUCACCGCUGACAAUCCUCUGUAUAGUGCAGCACUCGCUAGUGGGUGGCUAAUGCUACGGACAUUGCCUCUGACUGCCAGAUAUUAAGUGGUAGACCUCACUGAGGUGAAUAAUGGAGAAGCUAGGAGAGGAGCAGCAUGACUCCCAGAUGCCAAACAGAAUGGCCUUUGUGACAGCGAAAUGAAACGUGUAAGAAGGGCCUCCCUCUGGCUUUUCCUCUGCCCAGUAGGUGUAAAUCUAAUGCAUCUGCACGCAGCCAGGGCCUCACUCUGUUUUUUCCUCUUUGUGCCUUUUUUUUUUCUUCCCCGAGUGACACUGUCAAUCCAGUCCAGAGGAAAACAGAAGGACUGUCUUUUAAAACCACAACCGGUGUCCUAAUCUGGCCCAUUUUACUGUAUAUGUUUCUGCACGCUGUGCUAAACCUGCCCAUCACUCUGCAUACUCACCAUGUUUCUGUGUCCUACUUCUAGAGGUUGUUAAAACUGUCGAGAAAAGAGACAAGCCGGGUUUUUUUUUUUAAACAGAAAAAAAAGGGGAAGAAAAUGAGAGGGAGAGAGCAGGGACCAUGCUGGAGCUUCUGCGACGAGAUAAAAUGGAAUAUAAAACACACAGUCCUGGCUGACACAAAGUGAACAUGACUGGAUGAGAAGCCACAUUAUAUUAAUUAUGUAAGGCCACUUCUUUUGAGGUAAAGCUGAAGCUCACAGAGAGUUGAAGUCCUCAGAUAUAUCGGUAUGUUGCCUGAUGUGCCGUCUCCACUAAUUCAGAGCCGGACACACUGACAGGUGCUGAAGUAUUGUGUUUAUUUCAGACAGCUAAUAGAAAUGGCACUUUAAAAAGAGAAAUAUCAAAAGAAGAAAAAUGAGGAGAAACGUCUCUUUAUAGCGAAUGUGAGGAUAUAAUGGUUUCUAACGCUGAGAUAUUUAUGGGUUAUAGAUCACUCAAAGCCAUUAAAUUCUAAAUCCAAUUUCCCACACUUUAUUACUUGUGUGUUUUUUUAGCUGUAGGGGAGUAAAAUAGGAUUCCAAAAUAGAAAACUUGGCGUUGCUAAAGCAGCAUCUUUAAUUUGUCAUGGACCUGUUGUUUAUUGAGGAAAAGCCCCAUGCCGCAAAAAUAUAAUUUUUCACAGUCCAGUGUAAUAUUUCACUGACAUUUAAAAUUUAUUUAUUUUUCUGUCUCACCCAGUUGAACUGUUGAAAACUUAGAGCAGUCCAACAGGGAGUUAUAUCCACUUAUUAAACUUAGAUUGGUGUUUUUUUUUCAGGGUUACUUCUGACUACCAUCACCCAGCCCCAUCUUCUCCUCCUCUCCAUCCAUGCUCCUCAUCGAGUGUUCCUCCACCCACCCAACCCCAUCCUCAGAUGUAAUUGAAGCGUCUGUUUCUGUCCCCCCCGUUUCCCUCAGACUCAGGGGUUUAGGAGCAAAUUAGCUUGCCAGAUCGGUCAAGCUUAAACACAGAAUUGCUGUAUUUGUUCCAGUGUAUUUAAAGAUGUCCUCUGCCGAUAUAUUGUGGAGGAAAGGAGCCAAGCAGACACAGACAGGCAGGCGGACAGACAGGCUGGCUGGCAUUGCAGAGUGGAGUGGGCAGGUCUGUACCUGAGAUGCCAGCGGCCUGGUGCGCUGAGUUUUGUGGGUGGAUUUUACUCUUGCUGUGGGUCUGGAGCAACAGAGCACAGGUUAAUUUGAGGCACGUCGUUAGAUGAGCAAUUUGGACGCUGAGAAUUGACAAGGGUGAUGUUUGCUUUGUUAUUAUUGUGAAGUAAAUCGCACCACGGCACAACAAAAUACUUUAAUUUCCAGAUUGUAAAAAAGAAAAACACAAUAACAAAGCUGUAAAGUGUCAGGUUUUAUUUUUAUGCACUUUCUGAAGUGACUUGUUGGAUAAAUUUGGGUGUUAUUUUUUUCUUGGUUUAUUUUUGGGUUAGGGUGUUUUAUCUGAGAGAGGGGAAUAAAGCUGGUAACUGGGAGAAACAACUGGGGAGAAACUUUUGGCAAUGGACCACAGGCUGGAUACAAACCAGAGUCGCCCACUUUGAGGACUAUGGCCUGAAUAAGGACCAGACCAGUGCCCAUAUCUUAAAUCUUUUAACAUUUUAUUCAACAACAUAAUAUUUAACAUGGUUUCCGCUUUCUUACUCUAAUGGCAGAUUUAUUUACUCACUACAAACCAUUAGAGUCUUCUUUUGGGCUUGUAAUAUCUUGAAAUUAGAUGCUUAUCUGGACUUGUCAGUCAAUGUGGCUCAGAGUAAGUCUGUAUCGAGAUUUUUACUAGAAAUAAGACAAAAUAAACUUAAACUCUUCUGAGUUUUUGCAGUGUGUGCACAUCACAUGCAGGGUAAUAAAAAAAAAAAAACGUCAGUAAGAAGGAGAAGAAGAAGAUAAGCCCACACACUUCCUUAAUUCCUAGAGAAGUUUUAAAUCCCAUUCUCGUUCUGGCCCGCUGAUGAUCGUCAGGUGAUAGCAGUUUGAAGACGACGGCUACACCCACGGAUGUAGAUUUUUCACACCAACGGGCUGAUAAGCACCGUAAUGGAAAGUGUGGUCAAACAUGUAAUAAACCCCAGGAGGAAAACGUCCACCAGUGUUCAGGCUUAUCUUCUUUUUGUUCAACAAUAGUGAACUUACAAUGUGUAUUAAUAGUGCGAGAACAGGUUAAAGCGAUAGAACAACCAGACAAAACCCUUUAUCAAAGUUAUCCCCAUAAAUCAAAUCAAAUUACCACUUUUUCUUAUUCUCCAAUCAAAAUAAUUCUUCUCCCUGCGAUGUUUCCCUACAAUCUCCCAUUUUAACUGGAAAUAUAUCAAAUUAAAUGAGAAAAAUGAGCCUCAAUUGCCAUUUCUUUUGGCUUUAAUUGCUUUCUUUUUCAUCCUGUCUUUCAUAUUUUAAAAUAAUUAUCCCUUUAAAACACUCAUAACCCAAAGACAAAUUUUCUAUGAUCACUGAAUUACAUCCCUGAUUAGCUUUCUCUUGAUAGUGCUAUAUAUGGCCACAAAAGUAGCUAAUUUACUGCUACAAAGUUAUUAAAGCGAUUUUUUAUUUCACUGACAGCGAUAUGGUUGGCAUCAUUAUCUUUUAGCAGGGGGAGAGCACAGGUAUAUUAAAAGUUCUUUUUAAUACUUGUGCUUGUUCGCUGUAAAAUCAGCAUUUAACAAUUAUACAGUUUCAUUCAAUUCAGUAAUUUAUUCCAGAAAUAAAGUCCAGAUUAAAGACAGUGAAUAAAAGUGAUACAAACAAUGAAGAGUCCACAGUUUAAAUGCUAAAUAGACAAUCGAUCGAUUAUCUCAACACAUGGGAAAUUGAAACUUACACCUUCAGUUUGUGUUUUUUUUUCUUCUACCUGAUAAAAAUCUAUCAAAAUCACAUUUUUUUUUGUCUUUUUCUUGGGGGCCAAACUUACUAGACUACUCGGCUCAGCCCAAAAGCCUCAAGGUUACCUUCUGUAAAGAUCAGAUCCCAUCUUCUUUCAUUCAGGAAUAUUUUGCAGAUAUUAAGGUUUGUUGUAUCAGUGCUGUUUCCAUCUUUAGAGCCUCUCUGUGUCCUCCUUUAUUUCUGUUUAGCCCAGUUAAGCACUCUGCAGCCUGGCUUUUUGCCUUGCUGCUUGGGUUAAAUCCAGUCCUGAGUGCCUGUGGAGAGAGUCAAAGAGUCACUGGCUUAUUUACUGUAUAAAAACUAGGGCAUAACUCGUGGACUAAAAACCCUACAGAUCACACAAAAUCUGACCGCUGUAAAUCGUUACUCCUCAAGUGUUGCGGUGUGUCAUAAUAGAGGCCAAAAGUUAUUUUCCUGGAGUCUUAAACAUUAGUGAGAUAUUACAACCUCGCUGUAGAGGCUGGGUGGGCUCAAUAAGGUGAGAGGAUCCUUUCAGUGAAAUAGUAACUGUUGCCGUGUGCACUAAAGCCAGUCCGCUCAUGUAUGUCCUCCCGACAAGCAGCACCACAUCCUUUCCACUACAUCAAGCAGUCCAUCGGCUAGUGGUCCUGCUCCUCACAUAACAGUGCUCUGCGAUGACAUAGUGAUUUAUAAAAGAGCGUAGUGAUUGCUUUUUUCCCCCUGCUGCUGUUACACAGCUGUUAAACAGAUGCUGUUUGUACCAAUUUAGAAGCUAGUGCAUUGUUUGUCAACACCAGUUUGGAAAUUCAUUCUUUAUACCCGGACUGACUGCAGAAUGUGAAGGCCGGCCGGGCGGAUGGACCGGCAGCAGAGGGAGGGGAGUGGAAGCAAGCAGUCGCAGGAUCUGGCUUGAGCUGUUGCCUCCUUUUUAAAAAACAACUACUGACGAGCACUUUGAGAGAAUAUAAGGCAGGGUUAAAUUAAGCUAACAUUGUGCAUCAGUUAAAGGGAGGACAGAGGCAGGACUGGUGGAAGUGACAAGCUGUCAGACACUCUGCAGUCCAGGAUGGAUAAGACAGCGAUUUUACUCUUGAUAGAUUGGCUGGUGCUUAUGUUCAGAAAUAGAAACCAGAGCCACGUGAACUCCGGGCUCCACCAGCCCGUAUGACAGUGCUAACAAGGCUGCCCAGUGCUUCUAAUUUCCUCGACAAUUAAUAUUUGACUGAGUGAGUUGAAGGAAUUCGCGUCAGAUCGGCAGAAAUGAGAGGGAGAAAUUUUUGGGUGAAGGAUUUAUUUAAUUACAGCGAGGUACAUGAGACAGCGGCACUGAUGAGAUGAAAGAGGAGGACAGAAGGAGGAGACGCAUAAAGGAUGUGCAGGGAGGAUGAAUAUAGGGGUGUUUUUGGGGGGAUAACUUGAUGUGACUGAACCAGAUGCUGCAGGGAGAAGGAGAGGACUCGGAGCUGUGUGGAGAAUGAUGGCUGUGCGUGGCGCAGUAAGGGUGCCCCUCUACUGUUUGUAAAAACAAGACCAUCACACUCCAUCUUGCCGCUCCCGCAGGAGCCAGGCCUCCAGGCUGAUUUAUGGCCCGCAGACUGAAUUGGCUGGCUGGGAUGACAGCAGUGCUUGGACUCUCCCUGGUGUGCGGUGGAGAAGGCUGCUCGGCCAAGCCUCGGCCUCAGCUGGCCGUGGAGCUGCCCUCUGUUGAAGUUGGGGCAGAGCAGAGUUUAAGCUCCCUCCCUAGUGUCGCUAUCAGGCGGGGCCAAGCCUGUUAGCUCUCAAGCACAGUUUGGACUCUAAGCCACAGACACAGGCAGUCAUCCUCCAUUCUGCUGGUGCCAUAUUUUCAGAUUUCUCUGCCUCCCCUGUGAUACUCCUCUCAGCUUCUGCAUCACAGGCUCCAUCAAGACUCUGUAGUAACAAUUUAGAUUUAAUCAAUCUUUGCCAUGUGACUGCCAGGAUGGAAAAUUAAUAUGGAGAGCAAUUAGAAAACAGCCAUCUCGCUGUCAAAGAUGAGAGCGAGGGAGUGGACGGCGCUUCAGCAGCAAACAAAAUCCCUCCGUACACUUCUGAGCGAGGCUGUCCUCAAAAAAGGUGAUCAGGGCUGGGGCCACUUUUAUGAACUUCUGGUAGAUUCUGUGGAUAUUAGAGGAACAGAAACAGACACAAAACAUCAUGUGUCUUUCUGCUCCUUCAACUUCAGAGCUGAAUGUGUUUUCCGGACUGUAGACAGGCUGUAUUUGAUAGUGUUUUCUUGUUUGAUAUCAAAGACAGAGGUAAAAUAUUAAAUCAAAGGAAAUCAUCGAAGGCGACGCACGCUGCAAGUUAAGUGUAUCUAAAUUGCUCCACAUUAUUUGCUUUUUAUAACAGCUACAUCUACAUUAAACUGUCUGGCUGUCUGUUAAGAAGAGUGCUUCUUUGUGUGACAAACAGAAUCAGGACAUUUAUUGUUUCAGCUACAACAAGAAUGUCAGCUUGAAAGAAGAAUUUUAGGCCCAAAGUGGCAGACAUUCUUCGCAAAAUGAUUUAUCAUGCCACACUGCUGUUCCUGUUUUGUUUUGUGUUUUUUUAUUUUUCUUUUUCUGGGGGUUCUUCAUGCUGUAAAACCAAACUGACUGAAUUGUGUCACACUGCAAAAAUCCCUCCCAAGAGCUUGUGGCUCCAGUGAAAGUAAGAAAUCCUCAUUGAAGAUAUUACCACCUGAAUGUGGGUUCGUAUCACCCCGUCUCAUCUCCAGCCCUCCAAUCUGCCCUCCCUGUUUCAUGUCGCUGCUUACACUCAUUUUGCAGGAUUACAUCAUUGUAUUCAACCUCGAGGCUGUGUGCGCUACUUUUGGAGGGAAAAGCGCCUUUGUUUUCCAAGCCAGGCUCUGUGUGUUAGCCAAACAGGGCACAAAAUAGCUGGCGAAAGCUCUGGGAGCUUUUCGGGGAGUUGCCUCGUUGUUGUUGUUUUUUUUUUUCAGUGAACGCAUCCCUUCUCCUUUUGUGUCUAGGGGAUUUUGGUCUUUUGCUGAUUCCUCUUUUUUUGCUACAUUAGCAACAAACAAAUAGCACCUCCAGCUGUAUGACAUGAAGGGAUCAUUAUACGCCGUGCACAAGGGGAAAUUGAGAAAUGAGCUUGUCGACUUGUGGGAUCCCCAAGCUGCAGCUGGAGAUCUGUGUGCCGUGAGUUGAAGUUAAGACGUUUUUAUCAGAUUGAGGGAAAGAGACAGUAUUGAGUCAGCUGCUGGCGGGAAAUGUGGGUUUUCCUCCUUCUUUGCUGGUUCAAAGUGAUAACUCCAGGUAGUUUUGCUCAGGAAAACAUGGACACCAUUGUCAGGAGAGUUAGUCUUCUGCGUUCGAAGAAGUAAUAUUUAUUAUUUCCAAUGCCAGGAACAUCAGUACACACACAUUCAAAGUGCUCCCAUGUGUCUUUGCCUGUCUUUGGACCUUUACUGUAUAAUAGAGCAAAGUAUUCCUGAUUCCUGCAUGUGAUACUCCGAGUCUCUGCCUCUGCUGCCGUUCAAGUGUUUGAGUUUCAGAUAUGGAUCACUAAAAAUCACAGACAGUUUCCACCUCCCAGUGGAACCCCCUCAGUAAUUACUUCAUAUUUAAUCAUAAAUAGGAAAUAUUCCCAAUGACAUCCUGCCUUGUGCUGAACUUAAAGUCUGUUCCUGGAGCUGAUUGGCAAGCUUAUUUUCCUGAUGACUCUGAAUGCGCUUUCACAGCAGGAGGUGCCUUCACGAUCUUUGUAUUUCAUAGUUGUUGACUUCCAAAUCCAUGCCGAGCUGUAAAAGCCAUUAAUUCAUCUUUCACCCUUACAGUUAGCUCUUUUUUUUUUUUUUUGCACUGGGAGGAGGUUGUGUUUUGUAAGAGGUCGAUGGCCUGUCACUUUUUUCCCCAUUUUUUUGUGUCUUUUUAGAGCAACAUCUGCGUUUUAUGAAGCUCAGCGCAGAGGCAGGAUGUGUGAGCCUUAAUGGCACUUGGCUUUUCAGAACAAUGUCAUUUACAACCCAGUUGCUCUCCCAUAGACCCCUAAAGGAAAGGAGAGAAAGUGGUAUUCACUGCAUAUGCAAGUGCCGCUGGAGAGAGAGAGCGUACAACUUGUGUAUAUUUCUUUGUGCCUGGAGGCUUUUCGUGCUUUAGAAAGUGCUCGGGGCUAUAGAAAAAAGCCAAAGUGUUUAGAGGAAAUUGCAUUCAUUAGUAAGAUGCUUGUAAAUCUUUAAUCAGAGGGAAAAAAUGAUCUACUUUGUCAAACACGUCAAACAAGACUGAGGGAGAAAUUUCAGAAUGCAAAAUCUAAAGCCAGGAAAGCAAAUGUGUACAAGCUCGGAACUUAUGUCAACUUUCAGUUUUUAGUUUUAUUCGAUGUUAAAAGUGCUAAAAUGUUAUAUGGUUUACACCGCCUCUGCGACUGAAAGGUGGACAACUGACUGAAAGCUUGUUUACAAUUAAUCAAAGUAAAGGCGUCAAAAAGGAGUUCAAACUAAAGCUGCUACAUAGGAUUAGAGAAGAGGACAUGGGAUUUAAAAGCGGCUGUAAAAAUACAGCCACAUUGGACAAUGUAAUCUAGUGUGUGGGCAUGUUUUUUUUUUUUUCUUCUAUAAUAGUCAUCGCCUUCUGUUAUGUUCCUGGUACCUGUCUGCAGACUUUCAGCCGUGAUUACAUUAUUACAUCCUGAUUGGAUCCUUUCUCUUUAAACAAAACCUCCAGCUUUGUGCCUUUUGUCGCCUUGAUUGCUACCAGUGCAGACUCUACAACCAAUCAGCACUCAUACAAAUUCACAUACAUACAGGAGUGGAAAUUAUAUCCAGUCUGCUCAUUUUUGGCCUCAUAUAACGCCUGUAACUGCAGAGAGAUUGUGUAAAACCGCCUAUUUAUGCAGCAGAAUGGAUAAAGUGAAUUAUAGUAUGUAAUGGUAUUCCCUAAAGUUAAUAUUUUUCACAGUAAAAGAGGCCAUUUACAUAUGAGGUGCUUAUUAAAAUGCCAUCCAUUGUAAGGAAGAGGAUGUCUCAAUCUGCAUGUAUUGGAGAUAAUGCUACAUCUGUGCCUGUGUGUGUGUGUGUCACUGUCAGCAUGCGUGUGUGUCAGUGUGUGUGUGUGUGUGUAUCCAUUUAGACACUAGCAGGAUCAAAGAGAGCUCAUUCUAUGCCGCCUCUGACUCACUGUGAUGCUUUCAUGCACACACUGGUCAGCCAUGUGAAUGCAUUUUUGCAGCUGGUGUUCAUGUUUUCAGCCUCGGAGCGCGAUGAUUCCACCACAACUCCUCUACCCCGCAUUGAGCCCAUGAUACUCAUUCAUCCAGCCAUUUAGUCACCGUGUUAUCUGUCACUCUCAUCAGAUUAUACUUUAUGAGGGACAGCUCUGGCACAUCUGCCCCCAAAAAGCCCGUCUCGGAUCUUUAAAUAUCGAUCCCCGGGGCUUUAGCGGAGGUGCCUCUCACGAGCGCAGGAACGAAGGGAGAAAAACAGAUCAUUAGUGAUUUUAAUUAGGUGAUCUGUCAAGCUGCGAUUGCCAGAUGUAAGCGUAUGCAUUUGGGUCGAUGGCAAUCCCUCUCACAAUCCCCUGCUUGUCACCUUGGGCCUCUGGAACGCAGGAUGGCUCUUGCUCGGAGUAAAACGAGCAGUAGGGGAGCACAGAAAUGUGUCAUCGGUGGCAGGUUCUUUCUCCAGAUUGGAGCAGGUGGAAAACACAACAGCACAGUGGCAGAGAAGCGAGUGAUUUUGGACUUGUUAUUUCUAUCGCUUGGGCAGAAUAUUUAUUUUUAAGUAUGGAGCGAAUACAAACAACACCUCUCCGGUGAUUACAGCGUGCGCGUGUGGAUUCAAACAAACAAGAAAAGCAGAAUUGCAUCAUUUCAGUCUGAUUAACAGAGCAUGACACUUGUUUUGCUGUUACAUGCGGCAGAAAUCGUCUCAAAAAGUCACUCCCCUCCAACACAACUAAGUACAAAAGAGUGCAGUUUUACAGACGCAAGAAAAUCUUCCUUUCACUCCAGCGUUAAACAUCAUUACAUAUUUAUAACUCGGCGCCAGAUGACAGAGACAGAGAGGGAGCGGGGGAUGAACCAGGCAACAACACCGCAACUCGUCUGCUGUCUCUCUGUGAGGGAUCUGAUUGCACUGUUUAAACCUGCCUUUCAUCUGCUGAUGCCACAGAAAACCCGAUUAAACCAGAGCAGCAAAUGGACUUUUGAUUUGACAAUACAUAAUUUAAUUGUCGUAUUAAGAGAGCCGCUAAUGUCCAGUUUCUUGUCAUGAGUGAGUGGUGUUAACCUGACGUCUGUGUUGUGCAGAUGCAGCAGAAAGAAUCUGAAAUGUUGAAUUUGGACUUCUUUAAAAAAUGAAAACAGAAAGCAGACUUGUUUUUGGUUCAUUUUCUUUAAUUUUAGGACAGGUUUGACUUGUUUGAUGGAAAGAAAAGAAACAAAAAUAAUGUUAAAAUGAGUGUAGAAGUUGGGAUGAAAGUUGGCUUUACAAACGAAUCCAACAAUCAUGUUCUCUUUCUUUGUCCAAACAGAGCCUGGUGAAGGUUUCCACUGCCAGGAUGAGUGUCGCAUCCUCGGCCACUCUGACCGCUGCUGGAUGCCGCGAGUCCCCAUCCCAGCACGCGCCAAGUCACCAGAGCACGCUCGCAACGUCAUCGCUUUGUCCAUCGAGGCCACCACAGUGGACAUGCCGCACUACGAGGAUGGCACCACCAAGAGGACUUUUGCCACCUUCGGCAAGGAUGGGCCCGAGGACGUGGAGCGGGGCGAGAUAAAGGGAAAGCGGACUCAGGAGUCGCAGGUGUGUAGCCCCAAGGCCAAUGGAGGGGCUGUCCGUGAAGCUGGCAACGGGCGCGAAGCAGCCAGCCCAAUCACUUCUCCUGUGCACCUGAAGAGCCCCGUGUCCAAGCCGUCAUCUGCCUACAACACACUGAAAUGCCGCGACGCAGAGCGCAUCGCCAACCACAGCCUGCUGCGGCAGCCUGAGGGGAAGGACAGUGAGCCGGCCGUCAGGGAGAUCAACACACUCCUUCAUGAUGGCCGAGACAAGGAAUCCCCCAGCAGCAAGCGCCUGAAGGACAUAGUGCUUUAGCAAGCUUCCCUCUGAUACACACCAACCUGCAGACACACAAACAGUGUAAACUCACAUAUAUGUACCCCGCAAUAGCUGUGUGUACACAGAGGAAAGCCAGGCUGACACACCCAUUUUGCAGUAUACAAUAUUGAAGAAGCAGCCGGGCUGAGGAUGAACUGUAGUAUGCUGCAGCUAGCUGUGUGCUCAAGCCGAGGUAGUGGAUGUGGCUUUGUCGUAGUCGCAGUACUUUUUCCUUGUUUGCUUUUUGUUAAGUUUUGGUUCUCUCAGUCUGCAAUGAGUGCAAGGCAGGUUACUGUCGGCUGCAUGGACACGGCCAGCGGAGCUCUCCAGCCCUCUCCAGCGCCAAAGCAGGACACUACGUGUUUGGACACCCCAGGUGCCAAUUCUUGAGUACAGUUAUGCCUUUUGAACUACUUUUGUAUCACAAACUGAAAUUUGCCUUCUUUGGUUUUUGCAGUUUGUUCUAGCUGCCAAAAUCGCUCUUUGUUCCUUUGUAUAGUGAGCUUCAUCAAUGUAAUAAACGACAGCAGACACACACAGGACUCAUCUAAAAAUACCCUUCAUUCUACUCCUUCAACAGUUUUCAGUGCAUUCAGGAGAAGCAAAGGGAGGCCUCUCGGUCUCAUUUUGCCCUUUUUCCUCGGCUAAUAAGAGAAACUUUCUCUGCGUAUCCCUGAGGACGUCCUAGUGUCAUCAGACUGUGAGGUCUUUACAGUAUUUAUAUUUUAUCAAGGAUGGAGCUAAAUGAACUCUCGCUAUCUGCCCAGCCGCUGUGAACACUGGAAGUGGGACAGACACAUCCUUGUGUUCAAAUUGAGUUGUAUGAAAAAAAGAAAAAAGACUUACUGCUUUUGAAAUCUCCUGUGCCCAACCUUGAUUGUAGCCAGUGGAGCACAAGUUAGAACUUUGUGCUCUGGUCUUGUACUUUUUUUGACUUUUGACUAUGGGGCUAGGAUAGAAGGGAUCGUCACUCAUGUCUUGCUAUGUGAAACUCUCCAUAGGGUUUACUAUUAUCAUUUUUAAUAACCCGUUGUUAUGUGACAAUCCCUUUAAUGUUUUGUUUUAAGAGAAAAAAACAAAUAAACAUUGGUGUUCAACUGAAGCUACAGUAGCGUUUGUUACACAAACACAAAAAUGAAAAAAAACAUAUAUGCCAAAAUAUAUUUUAUAAAUAAUUUAAAAAUGUAUAAUGAGAAUAUUUAAUGCUGUGUAGUUAUUUUAUGAGUAAGUUAUACUUGAAAUUAACUUGCUUUUGUUCAUUUGUCUUUUUGCUUUUAUAUUGAACCUGAUUUGUUCUCUCUUUCUUUUCAAAAUGAACUUGGAUUAUGAUUUUUUUUAAGUGUGACCCCUGGCUACUGUUGCAGUCUACCUUGUUGUAAAGAGUUUCUUAUUGGUCAGUUCUUGUGCCAUCAAGUUUCUGUGUGGGCUACUAAAAAAAUCUAUAAAAAAAGACAAAAAAAAGAAAAAAAAAAUCAACAACAAAAAAGCGAUAUCAGCACCAACAUUAGUGUGUCAGUUCAACGAGCUUAGAGUGAGAUAGCAAAAGAUACCAAAAAAGAUGCAAACAAAACCUUAAAGAUUGCAGGAUGUUGCUUCAUCUUAGUAUCUAAGGAGGAGAACAAAAGUUUCCCAACCUGGUAAACGGGGUUCCACCUACUAUAAGUGUCUAAGUUGGCUUCCUAUUAGGCCCAGUCAUGAUUUUACGAGACUUUUUUAAGCUUCAACUGAGGGCAUUUGGACCUGCAGACGUGCUUCUGUCGGCGCUGCUGUUUCCUGUGUCCUCUGUGCUCAGUUGAUCUCAAAGCUAAAGUCUGGAGCAGAGAGGCACAAACAGGGCUCUCCCCUCCUACAAACACCACAUAGCACACUGGGUGAAAUCAUGUUUGCGUGAACUAAGGUGAUGGAAGAACCAUGUUGCACAUCAGCAAUGUGGUUUAAUGUUGCUUUGCAGUAAACUAUGUACAAUGUGGAAAAAUAUGAAUGACAAUGGACAAAUUGCAUACAACAAACUAGAUCUUGUAGCUGAAUGUUUUGCUGGUCUCACCCAUGGCUUCUGGCAACAUGAAAAUCGGAAUAAUCACUGAAUGUAUACAGCAGCUUAUAAUUAAACUAUUAAAUGUCAUCUGCUUUGUUUCUGUG